CUGGAACUUCAUUCUGUGUGACAGGGCGGAAGCGUUGUGAGGCGUGGUUGCUAGGGGUCGCUGAGACCGGCAGGUGAGAGUGAGCGAGAGGCAGCCGGGGGCCGCAGGAGCCACACAUGGUCCGGUGAGACUCGCAGCCCGGCCAUGGAGAAGCGGAGGAUGGAGUGUCCGGCACUGCCACCGGGCUGGAAGAAGGAGGAAGUCAUCAGAAAGUCCGGGCUGAGCGCUGGCAAGAGCGAUGUUUACUACUACAGGUAAUCACUGGCCGGGGGCAACGGACUACUGGUAAUUACUGACUGGGGGCAACGGACUACUGGUAAUUACUGACUUGGGGCAACGGGCUACUGGUAAUUACUGACUGGGGGCAACGGGCUACUGGUAAUUACUGACUGGGGGCAACGGGCUACUGGUAAUUACUGACUGGGGGCAACGGACUACUGGUAAUUACUGACUGGGGGCAACGGACUGGGGGCAACGGGUUACAGGUAAUCACUGGCCGGGGGCAACGGACUGGGCUGGGGGCAACGGGCUACUGGUAAUUACUGGCUGGGGGCAACGGGCUACUGGUAAUUACCGGCUGGGGGCAACGGCCUACUGGUAAUUACCGGCUGGGGUCACGGGCUACUGGUAAUUACUGGCCGGGGGCAGCGGGCUGGGGGCACAGGCUACUGGUAAUUACUGGCUGGGGGCACAGGCUACUGGUAAUUACUGGCUGGGGGCACAGGCUACUGGUAAUUACUGGCUGGGGGCACGGGCUACAGGUAAUUACUGGCCGGGGGCACGGGCUACAGGUAAUUGUUGGCCGGGGACACGGGCUACUGGUAAUUGUUGGCCGGGGACACGGGCUACUGGUAAUUGUUGGCCGGGGACACGGGCUACUGGUAAUUGUUGGCCGGGGACACGGGCUACUGGUACAGGUAAUUGUUGGCCGGGGACACGGGCUCCUGGUAAUUGUUGGCCGGGGACACGGGCUACUGGUAAUUGUUGGCCGGGGACACGGGCUACUGGUAAUUGUUGGCCGGGGACACGGGCUACUGGUAAUUGUUGGCCGGGGACACGGGCUACUGGUAAUUGUUGGCCGGGGACACGGGCUACUGGUAAUUGUUGGCCGGGGACACGGGCUACUGGUAAUUGUUGGCCGGGGACACGGGCUACUGGUAAUUGUUGGCCGGGGACACGGGCUACUGGUAAUUGUUGGCCGGGGACACGGGCUACUGGUAAUUGUUGGCCGGGGACACGGGCUACAGGUAAUUGUUGGCCGGGGACACGGGCUACAGGUAAUAGUUGGCCGGGGACACGGGCUACAGGUAAUCGUUGGCCGGGGACACGGGCUACAGGUAAUCGUUGGCCGGGGACACGGGCUACAGGUAAUCGUUGGCCGGGGACACGGGCUACAGGUAAUCGUUGGCCGGGGACACGGGCUACAGGUAAUCGUUGGCCGGGGACACGGGCUACAGGUAAUUGUUGGCCGGGGGCAACGGACUGGGGGCAACGGGCUUCUGGUAAUCACUGGCCGGGGGCAACGGACUGGGGGCAGCGGGCUUCUGGUAAUCACUGGCCGGGGGCAACGGACUGGGGGCAACGGGCUUCUGGUAAUCACUGGCCGGGGGUAACGGGCUACUGGUAAUUAACGGGCUUCUGGUAAUCACUGGCCGGGGGUAACGGGCUACUGGUAAUUACUGGCCGGGGGCAACGGACUGGGGGUAACAGGCUACAGGUAAUCACUGGCCGGGGGCAAAGGACUGGGGGCAACGGGUUACUGGUAAUUACUGGCUGGGGGCAACGGGCUACUGGUAAUUAUUGGCUGGGGUCACGGGCUACUGGUAGUUACUGGCUGGGGGCAAUGGGCUACUGGUAAUUACUGGCUGGGGGCACGGGCUGGUAAUUACCGGCUGGGGGCAACGGCCUACUGGUAAUUACCGGCUGGGGUCACGGGCUACUGGUAAUUACUGGCCGGGGGCAGCGGGCUGGGGGCACAGGCUACUGGUAAUUACUGGCUGGGGGCACAGGCUACUGGUAAUUACUGGCUGGGGGCACAGGCUACUGGUAAUUACUGGCUGGGGGCACGGGCUACUGGUAAUUACUGGCCGGGGGCACGGGCUACAGGUAAUUACUGGCUGGGGGCACGGGCUACAGGUAAUUACUGGCUGGGGGCACGGGCUACAGGUAAUUGUUGGCCGGGGACACAGGCUACUGGUAAUUGUUGGCCGGGGACACGGCUACUGGUAAUUGUUGGCCGGGGACACAGGCUACUGGUAAUUGCUGGCCCGGGAUACAGGCUACUGGUAAUUGUUGGCCGGGGACACGGGCUACUGGUAAUUGUUGGCCGGGGACACGGGCUACUGGUAAUUGUUGGCCGGGGACACGGUCUACUGGUAAUUGUUGGCCGGGGACACGGGCUACAGGUAAUUACUGGCCGGGGACACGGGCUACAGGUAAUUACUGGCCGGGGACACGGGCUACAGGUAAUUACUGGCCGGGGACACGGGCUACAGGUAAUUACUGGCCGGGGACACGGGCUACAGGUAAUUACUGGCUGGGGGCACGGGCUACAGGGCAUCGGGAAACAGGGUCAACUGGCAGAGAAGCACCAGGCACUCCGGAGAGGGAGCUGUCACUGGCUGUGGGGCUGACUGUCACUGAGGGGAGACCAGGUGUAAACAUUGAGUCACCUCCUGCCACUGGGCACAUCUUAUCCCCACUGUGUGACACUGUACUAAACUCAGUGCCACAUACACUGGGAACUGCUCCACUGCACUGUGUGUCACCAUACAGCCACUAUACCUUACACAUUGUGCCACCCCUGCCACAUACACUGGGCAUUCCUCUAUUACACUGUGUGUCACCAUACAGCCACUAUACCUUACUGUGCCACCCCUGCCACAUCCACUGGGCAUUCCUCUAUCACACUGUGUCACCACCAUACAGCCACUAUACCUUACUGAGCCACCCCUGCCACAUCCACUGGGCAUUCCUCUAUUACACCGUGCGAUCCUGUGGCUAUAUAUGCACCCGGCAUUUAAUUUAAGUGAUUAAUCUGAGUGCAAGGACUUACGAAGAGUUAUAUAUAAUUAUAAUAAACUUGGAACUCACCCCCUUUAAGAGUAUUCCAGUAAACUUUCCUCGGUGCCAACUUGCAGAGAGAUGUAAUCCAAUGAAAAAGAGUGCAACAUACAAAAUACACAAUCCAGCGCACUCGCUCAUUCACUGAACAGCGAUUUCAAGUCUCACAGAUUGUCAUAGUUUUAUUUAAAAACACCUCACCUAAUCAAAAAAUAAUGGGGGUUUACUUGUGUAAAUUGGCCCCAGCAGCACCCUAUAAUGUAUGCAUGUUCAGGUGACUGCAACCCUAGCCAUCCUUGGUUUUAUUUAUACACACAUACACAAACAUAUGUAAGGGGCUAUCAGACACACUAGAGUAUAAAUGCACUUAUAUACUUUAACUAUAAAUUUACAGGAAUAAAUAAACGACUAUCUUACCCUCCUUGAGUGUCUCUUGCUCCCUCCUUCCUGGGAAGGUCAAAGCCACAGAGUUCACAUAGAAUUCUGGGACGAAGCUUGUCUCAUCAGUAUUAAGCACCUGAUGCCUGCCAUCCGUAUAUAUACUUGUGAUGUAGGGUGCAGCCUGUUUUUGAAGUUUUAGUUCAAAAAAAAAAAAAAAGCAUCCUAAAUUUAAAUAAAAAAAAUUAAAUAAAAAAAAUGUCAUGCAUUGUCACACUCCCUGUAAUCUAUCAGGGUAGUGCUACUGUCAAUGUGCCCUCUUUGAGUGCGUGCCUCCUGUGGACACACCACUUAAGUUUAACCCUGGGUGGCACAGUUUGCUAAGGAUCCAUGUAUGUGGAACAGGUCACCAGGAAGUGGAGUUCUAGUAUUUGUGUUGGUCGGAUGGUGCAUUGUGUAAGGGCGUGGGGUACUUACUGUAUGAUUUAGGAGUGUGACACUGUAAGUAAAGUUGAAGAAUGAACACUGUAUGUGGCAAGAGGGUGGCACAAUGUGUAGUGGAUAGGAUCGUCUAGAGUAGGUGCAUGAGGGUGGCACAGAGUGUUAGAGUUCUCACUGUCAAAGUGUUCCAGGAAGAGAAAUUUUCAGUGUGUGAAGACUAUUGUACUUUGUAUAGUAGAUCACUGCUCAGUGGAUAUGGGAUGAGGGUGAUGGCUCACAGCCUGAUGUCUACAGAACAUUUUGUUCCCAAAGCAUUGUCAGUUGUUUUAGAGAUUGCUUUGCAACUCAUUAAUUUUAGUAGAACAUUGUUUAGUAAAUAAGUCCCCAAGUUCAAAGUGCAAUUUGAGUUGUCUUAACCCCCCUAAAAAAUAAAUAUAAUUUAGUGUAUAAGAAGUUACAUUGAAAUUCCUAUCCAGUCAAAAGAUACUUGAUCUUAUGUAUGUAAGAGUUUUUGCAAAGAUGUGGCAAAAGUCCGAUCACGCCAAAUAUGAUGCUUGCCAAAGUGCUUUAUGUGUAUGGACUGUCCCAUUAACAUGACCAUUAUGAAUCAAUGGUGUGUUGUUAAACACACCCAUGGCUGCCAAUAAGGAAGUCCGGGUUAGGGAGGUUUUCUUCCUCCUCUGCUAAAGUGUGCCUUCCUUGUCCCAUAUGUUCCCAUGAGUCUGUGAGAGCAUUCAUCCACAGCAUUCAAUUGUACUUGUCCUCCCCGGCUCUGUAGCUUCCACCAGGGCUCCAGUGUCCUUCCUGCUCCCCUUCACUGCACAUGCGCUGAAGUGUCCAUGUGCUAUUGUUAGUUGAGAAUCAGAGGUCUCUGAUUGGCUAUUUCACCAUCAGACACAGCGUAUGGGGAGAAAAAAAGAGGAGGGCAAGCAAAGGUUGCAGUCUGCAAAACUGCAGCUUUUACAAGCUUUAUACCUCCAGAAAAAAAUGCAUGCAUGUACUUAUUGGGUGUCUAUCUACUAAAUAGUGAUUUUGUUUCUUUAUUAAUAUUUAGUGUGGAUUGGUCUUUUAAAUCAACUUUCACUUACCAUGAUUUUACCUUUAACUGUCACUUAUGAUAACUGAUGGGGAAAACAGUCACGUCAUGUGAGAUACAUAUUAGGUGUCUAUGGUGGGAUUGUAGGUGGAAUGGGCAAAUGUAGGUAGUUGUUUCUUGUAGUAUCCUUUUAAUAAAGCAUUAAUUUUGUUGUAUGUUAGCAGGACACUUGCUCUUUUGAGCAGUAAUUUAAAAUAAUAUAAUUGAAUAUAUACCUUUUCAUAAGCUAUUAUAUAAUUUGAUCUAUUAUAUAUUUGAGUUCUAAAGAUGAUUUUACCCUCCAAAAGUCCGCUGUAUCUUUAUUAGUGCUCAGCAAAUGUGGGCAACCUUGCAUACCAUAACCAAAAGGAGUUAUCUAUCGUAUGCAGAUGGGGGAGAGUGUUGCAGAACACUACUAAUAUAAAUAUUCUUCUUUUAGUUAAUAUAGACGGCAUACUUUCUUUUUUUGUUUUAAAAAAAAAAAAAAAUUGACGUAAAGGGAAGCUUUGGACCCUUAAAGCCCAUUUGCUUGCUCAAAUUCUUUGUGUGAAGUGUGUCCUCAUUUCAGUAGAAACACAUUGCAGCAGAAAUUGGCACUUUUCUUAAUUAAACUUGUUACACCCCUCUCUGACUGUGAAUCAGACAAAUGGUCCUGUUACUUUGGUUGUUUAGCUCAGUGCAGCUUAACUCAAGAGACAGGCUGAGAGCACCGGCCUCCAAAGACUUAUAAUUUAGCUGCAUUACUAAGUCUGUCAUUGGUCAGAUGCAUUAAGUUUGGGCUUGGUUAUAUACACCCCACUGUUGGUGUCCCGAGAAGCAGGACGCUGGUUGGAGGGGGUUAAAGGGGCUGGGCAUUGAUGCGUUCAUGUUGCUGGCUCUGCCCAAAGGAGGCGAUACGCACAAAGUACUGGCUUGAAUUCCUACCAGACUGUCUACAAAUUAAGGAGGGUAGAACAUGCAGGGAACGCUGUUUCAAUGGUCUCUGCAGGGUCCUAGUGCCCUGAGUGCAGCACAAGCGCUUCUAAAGGUGCAGUCACACUACAUUUUGGGGGGGCGGGGGGGGGGAGAUCCCUUAUGUCCAUAAGAGUGAGGCACCAAGGAAUAGUCAUGAUGACUAGGCAGGAUAUGUAUAGGAGAAUACAUUAUAUAUUUGGUCUACAUCUAUUUUAUGAUUAUUUUAUUUUUGUAUUUUGGCAUUGGAGUGCCCUUUUUAGUGUUAAAAGCUACUAAUGAAAUAGCACUGUGAGUUUAUACUAAUUUGCAUCUGCUAUGUCAUCACAAUAUGCAAUGUAAAGUAAAAAUAGUUGAGGAAAAAAGGACGACCCUUAACUAGCUUUAAGUCAGCUAUUGGGGUUUUAGAAUAUUUGACAACAAUGUGUUGAGUUGCUCUUAAGUUGUCAGUUCAGCAUAAACACAAAUACCUCUGCAGGACUUCUGUGUUCAGGACAUGUUGAGUCUCUAGAUAUGCUCAUGUGCACUUGGCAUCAGCUUUGAAAAUGCUGUGCAACUCAUGCGUUCUUUUAAUAGUUUCAUAUGGCACCAUGGGGGUUAAACUAAUUUGAAUCGUAUGCUUUGACUGUGCCAGGCAACCUGGUAUGUGAUGUGUGCAAAUUAAACCUGUUCACUAUAUUUAAAAAAAAAAAAAAUGCGUAAACUCUAACUUUUAGUUUGCUUUCAGGUUGUGCAAAAAAAUAAAAAAAAUACACGUGACAGUGCCUGUUUUAGAGCAGAUUUGAAGUUUACCAAAAAAGCAAAAUGUGAUGCACCAGUGGAGUGCUGAACACUGUUAUUCUCCUAUGAGCCAAAUGAAUGCAAUUCUGUACUGGAGUGCAAGAGUCUUUAACCGGAAAUGCAAUAAAAAACAAUUGUAGUUUCAGACAGCAGUCAUAUAAAAACUUUUCGUUUUUGUCCACUGGCCCCAAACUAGGCAGCAUUUUUUAAUGGCGGAACCCACUGAUUUUAGAUGAGUGUUUUUAUUCCCACUACAUUGCCACUUUGUGAUGUCAAUGAAAAACAACGUUUCAGUGAGCAAGUUUUGGCAGCCCAGACAAAAGACUGAAGAUUGCUUUUUUUUUGGGGGUGGGUGAGGAGGGUGUAGGGGUAAUAUACACAUACAUUUAUCAAGACCUCUUUAAGUAAAGCCAUUGCAAAUGACUAAAAAAAAUUAAGUGUGGAAAAACAAAAACAUAUUAAAUCUAACUUGCAGAUUUAGCAGAUGUUGAUAAAAUAGUUAAAUGAGAAGAUUCAACAUGACGUGUGAGGCUGCAACACGAAGUUCUAUGGAGUAGUAGACUGUUGGAGCAUGCAUAGAUUACACCUCACAGUGAAGCUCUGCCUUUUGUCAAAUUUUGCCAACCUCUGGCUACUACAAAGUAGUCCCUACUUUGUAUUAUGAUAACUUUGGGUUGGGUUGGUAUUUCAGUCAGUACGAGUAUUUACUAAAGAUUUUAUCUUUUUAAAAGGAACACUAGUGUCAGGAAUACAAACAAGUAUUCCUGACAUAGUUGUAAAAUCUUUUUUAGCUCUCCGGCCCCCUUGCCUCUAGUUAAAAAGUAAAUUUACUUGCCUAUUUUUCCAGUGCCGUGCCGGUGUCACUGUGGCUGGCUCCGCUUCCAUGGCUAAGAUCAUCAAGGCUGUUGUGCAUGUGCGCAAAACGUCACGCUGCGUCAAUCAGCUCCUCCUCAUAGAGUUGCAUUGAAUCAAUGCAUCUAUAUGGGGAAAGUUUAGGGUCUCCAUGCAGAGCUUGGAGACACUGAACAUCAGGUGUAACUUAGCACCAAUGUUAACACUGCCUUUUCUCUAAAAAGGCAUGGUUAACAUUAAAAGGUCUGCAGGGACAAGCUAUGGACACCAGAACAACUACAUUAAGCUGUAGUUGUUCUGGUGACUAAAGUAUGACUUUAACAAAUAUUCAGAAGUGACUAAGAUGCUUUAAAAUUAUAGUGCCAGGGCAGUCCUGCCAGCCUGUAGCCAUUAUGGGGCUUGGAGAGUUCUUUUAAAAAGAUAGCCAUAUCUGUCCUUUAAAAUGCAGUGUUUAAUAUCUAUGGGUGCAUAUGAAAAAUAUACUAAACAAACAUAAAGCAAAAGUCAUGGAAUCUUGGAAAAGCACCAGUCCUGAAGAGGUUAAUGAAGUGGCUGUAGGGGAAAUUUGUCAUUCCCGGCAACAUGAUUCAUAUUGAAAGACAGAAGUGCACAAUAUUAACUGUUUCAUUACAAGGGUUAGACAAAACUCAUCGUUUUCAGAUUGGAGGUUAAUUUGAAGAAGGCCUGCUACGCCUCUUGUUACUUUGAGUCAAAAAUUACUUGUAUGACUCAUCCACACAUAAUGCACUGCUAAAGAACGAGUUGCCCCUUUAUUAAUAAUAAUCGUAGUCCUGAAAGUCUAAAUUAACAGGGCAGAUCUAUCUAUAUACACGUCUGUGUAUAUAACUAUGAAUAAGCUGUGUUUUGUGGGAUAUAUGAUGGUCAAUGUUUCAAAUUCAUCAGAGAUUGACUUCAUUAUUGGCAUUUCAUAAACUGUAUUUAUACUUUACUUUCCUCUGGUUAUAUACUAAUGUAAACCUUUAAAAACACUGAUGAAAAUGUAUAUUUAUCAAUAAAUAUUUUUUCCUUUUCUUCACACAGUGUCUUUUGUGUAACUGUUUUCUUUUUUUCUAAACAUGAUGUGACUAAUGUGUACCAUCAAACACUUUGGACCAGAGAGGACAUUGUACCGACCGUUGUCACCAUUGCUAUCCAUUGUGACUAAUUACUGAAAACAAGUGCUUUGGCUUAACCAUUACAUGUCAUAGUGAACAAGAAAUUUCAAAACUGUUUGGUGUGCUACUUGUGGAGUGGAUAGAGGGUGGAAACUUAGAAGACAGUAUGCUGGGGAAGGCAGGCGCAAUAAAGUAAAGCGCUCCUACCUUUUUGUUUUAGCUCAGGAGGGCUAAAAGAAGUGGAGAGAUACCUCCCUGACUGAGGGUGUUUCAUUUAUUUUAAAAGUGACAAUUUCUCAUAGAAAUCUGCACUUUUAGAAAGUGCCUUUUUAAUGGGAUACUCCUCACCCAUAAAACACUUCAGCUUUAUGGGUGUGGCCCUUUGACACAAUACUGAGAACAAUUUAGUGUUUGAAAAAAGAAUAGGCUUGAAAAUGUUUUAAAAGAAUACUGCCGUACCCUUACUGGUAGUUAUGUCAACAGUUUGUGUUGUACGUACAAGAUAUAAAUGCUUGAGUUAUGAGUUUGAGUUUUUUAUUUUUAAAAGCACCUGUGAACUUGUAUUUUACUUUCAGAUGCGUGGUUGCAAAUUUUGUGUACAGUGUGUCCCUAUAACCCAGUGGUUGCUCGGCUAUGAGGACUGGUUUGAUAACCACUGCUUUAACCCUUCAUCUUUCUCUCCAGUGCUAUUAUGGCAGCACCCGCCUUUCUUCUGACUAACAAUAUUUCAAUCUCAACGCAAACACCGAACACAAGAGAAAGUGCCAAUAGUGCAAUAUUUUCCAAAUUGCUUGCCUUGAAAAGAGCCCAAGAACAACAUGGCUCUGAGAUGUGUAAUGGAUUGAAGAAGCUUUUACAGAGAAGCUUGUCUCGAUUAAGGACAUGAGUACAGUUUUGAGCAAGUUAUUCAUUUUAUUUGUUUUUAAAUUAAGUGUUUUAUUUAAUAAAUGUUUUAAAGGCUUUUUCAGUCUGGUAUCUCCAUUCUUGGAUCCAGGUGACUACAUCUUAUGACCUAUGUGAACGGUCACCCUAACUUGAUACCACACUUGUACACCUCAGAACCAUUUUGAUUGGUUUCCUAAGCUGGAGCUCAGUGAUGGCAUGCCAUGCGGUGUGUGGGUUAGACAUUUGAUUAAAAUCUGUGAAUAUUCUUUGUGUUCUGCAGGGAUAUAAUUUAGUUAAGACUGCUUAGGCCUGACGUGAAGGAACUUGUGUAGCCUGCACAGAUCGCAGACCACAACCCUACUGAACACUUUUGGGAUGAAUUGGAACACAGAUUUUCAGGCGUCCAUAUGCUUUUGGCCAUGUAGUGUAUAUUUUGAAACAGUUGCACUUGAUGAGGGGGGAAAUAAAACCCUCAUAAAUUAUAUAGAUAUACUUUUUUUAUUUUUUUUUUUUAUGUUUACUGCAACAUUUCUCAAAGAAAAAUAAUUCCCCUACUUGGAUCUUAUUUUGUCUUAUGCAAAUAAGCUGUUAUUUAGAUCAGUGAUGGCUAACUACAAAUGUCUGGUAAGAAAAUAAAUAAAUUGAGUCGCUCAUAAUUUACUUAUUGUAGCUAAGAAACAUUCCCUACAGGCAUUUCUCUAUUCUUCCUAGCUUUUCAUGCAUGAUAAAUGUAGAAAUGGAAAAUUGACUUGAAGAAAAACUAUAAGCACCAUAACCAAUGCCACCAUUGUCAUUGUAAAGAGUAAAAAUAUUUUUGACUUCUUACUUGGGAUAUGCUCCCUCCCUCCACUACAGCCUUCAGACAGCUGUAAGCUCCUAAGCAGCUUCUAAGUUGGUUCUCCUAAGUUAAGUUCUGCAGUGCAAGGCUAGCUCAUUGUCUGAGAGCAUCCGCAGAAUGCUCAUAGCCAAUGGACUAAAACCUUCACCAUCAUGCUUAAGACACGCUUCUGUGUCUCUGAGGCUGUAGUGGAGGAAAAGAGCGGUGCGCGGUGGAUCCUAGGAAACAAGUUCUUACAAAGGGAAUCUGCCUGGACAAUUCAGGUACCAUAUUUUGAAUGUUCAUUUAAAUGGACUCUCCAAGUCUAAGCCAUAGAAAUAGCUUAAAGAGAGCAUCCUUGCAAGCUCUCAAUUAUAAACAUUGCUUUAUAAGUUAAAGGUUACUCCAAGCAUCAUAACUACAGCCUUGGCCUGGUUUCCCGAUAAUGCCGCUAAACCGUUUGCCGCCCUUACCUGCGUCCCCACUGGGUUCCGAUGCUCCCUAGUUGUUCGUUGACGCACUUCUGGCUUCUUCAAAGCUGUAGUAGCUGGAAGCCGCAGCCAUCACCAUGCAUUGGCUGAAAGUGCCAGCUAAUGAGUUCGGUUUUGUGCAGUAAAAGUUCAAAUCAUGGUGCUUGGAGUAAUCCUUUUUAAGUAUGAAUUUUUUUUGUCUUGAAGGGGGGCCUAAAAAUCUAAACCGAGCAUGUCCAACUCCAAGGCUAGCAUGGGCCAAAAAAACAAGGUUUAAGUUAAUGUGGGCCGCAAAAAAACAAAAACUUAAAUUUUCAUAGAAACGUGGGUUUAUUUUGAAAACCACAGUAUAAAAAUUGUACAAAUAAAUAUGAGAUGUCCAUAGUUCUAUGCAUACAUAUAUAGGGAAAGAAGGGAUUUAAGGAUUUCGAUGUGUACAGUAUAAAGUUAACACGAAAAAUAAAAUAUACAAACUGUAGAGCUGUUACCAAUAAGCGCAUUGAUAACUUGAUAAACCAUACUAAUCAUUCAAAUCGUUUUAUUGAUAGACUUCAAUUUUAGAGGCUGUGUAUUCACAAGAAAGUUAUAUGAAACUUGGUAUAAAUAUUAACGUUUACAAGGACAUUUUCCACUUUAGCCUCUGUAAAAUACAGGAGUAUAUUUCAAUAUACCUGUUGUAUCACUAAGGGAACAUGAUGUCCCUUGGGCUCAAUUAACGCUUUGAGAGGUUAACUGUAAUGCACUCUCAGUGGCUUCUGUGAAGUUACCUCUUAAAGUAAGUGAUUGUUUGUACAUUAAUGGUUAUAUAUUGCAUUGAACAGUUGUAAGGCGUGCACAGACAUGUUUAAAGCUGCUCUUGUCAUCCUCCAACCUAUACCCCCUCACCUCCCCACCAAAAAAAUCUUUAUAAAAUAACUCACAUUAACAGUGUUUUAAUUUCACUGAAAUUCCAAUGCAGUCAAAAAGUAUACUAAGAUACCCUGGCAAAAUCUGCAACUCCACAAAAUAUAAAUACAUUUCAGUAAUUUUCUUUGGGGACAAGAAUAGACACUACCUAAGCAACAAUACUACUACAGUCUGUUAUAUGCUACUCUGGCAUUUUUAUGGCUUUUACCAGAUAAAUGAAUGGACACUACCUAAGCAACAUAACUACUACAGCCGGCUAUAUGCUACUCUGGCAUUUUUAUGGCAUUUACCAGAUGAAUUAAUGGGCACUACCCAAGCAACAUAACUACUACAGCCUGUUAAAUGCUACUCUGGCACUUAUAUGGCGUUUACCAGAUGAAUAAGUAAUCGUCAUUUUAUCAGAGGCAGUAUUGAAUCCAACAGAUCAGUCUCUGAAUAAACUCUGAGAUACUGCCAGAUGGAGCCUAUACUUCAAACACAUCAGAGAACAGUUAUACUUGGGGAUCUUUUCAAACUGAAAAUUAACACCAAUUUUUGAUUUUUAUUUAGAGCUUAGCUGAGGAGAGUUAAUAGAAGCUUAGCAGGAGAUUCCAGCUCUCCUGAUUGCAGAUGAGAUGGGGAGUGGUGGAACCCAGGUAUGAAGCCAGGCCUAAAAACUGUCACACUACAGUGUUCCUUUAACAAAGAUCAUUUAAAGGAACACUAUAUAUAUAUAAUCUGUCGGAGAACGGUGCACUUUCAGUUUCACAGGUCGGUUGAGUCUGGUGUAAAUAGAUGUUUUUACAUGUCUAUUGCUUCUUUGUUGUAAAAAAAAAGUCCAUUGAACUUGUUAGUUGUAAUUUAAGAGGAUUGGAGAGUAGGGAGAUCUAGAAUUACUUUAGAGAAAGACUCCGGCACUCUGUAGGAGUGCCCUGAUGUCCAAUUGCUGUAAGUAGACAAAUUUUUAAGAACGAUUGGUGCUCCCUACCUUCAUUAGUUUCAGAGUGCUGGAAUCUGUCUGAACUAAGCAGUGACGCCCCCUGCCAGUGAGCUGCCUUGCACUAAAGAGCUUAGCUGAGGAGAGCUAAUAGAAGCUUAGCAGGAGAUUCCAGCUCUCCUGAUUGCAGAUGAGAUGGGGAGUGGUGGAACCCAGGUAUGAAGCCAGGCCUAAAAACUGUCACACUACAGUGUUCCUUUAACAAAGAUCAUUUAAAGGAACACUAUAGUCACCUAAAUUACUUUAGCUAAAAAGCAGUUUUAGUGUAUAGAUCAUUCCCCUGCAAUUUCACUGUCAUUUAGGAGUUAACUUACUUUGUUUCUGUUUAUGCAGCCCUAGCCACACCUCCCCAGGCUAUGAUUGACAGAGCCUGCAUGAAAAAAAAAAACUGGUUUCACUUUCAAAUGUAAUUUUACCUUAAAUAAUUAUAUCUCAAUCUCUAAAGAGAACUUUAACCACAUACAGGAGGCCCUUGCAGGGUAUAGCAAGCUAUUAACAUAGCAAGGGAUAAGAAAAUCUUAAUUAAACAGAACUUGCAAUAUAGAAAGCCUAAAUAGGGCUCUCUUUACAGGAAGUGUUUAUAGAAGGCUGUGCAAGUCACAUGCAGGGAGGUGUGACUAGGCUUCAUAAGCAAAGGGAUUUAACUCCUAAAUGGCAGAGGAUUGAGCAGUGAGGCUGCAGGGGCAUGUUCUAUACCAGGGGUAGGCAACCUUUUAGCAGCACUGUGCCGAUAUAGGAUUGUGAUGUCCCGGUCCUAUUUUUUUAAAUUGAGGUGUGUAUUCUGCCGUAUUCUGCUAGUUAUUUUUACUGCAGUUGCUUUGUUUCGUUGUAUUUGUGCGUAUAUAAGCUAUUAUAUUGUAUAUGUUCAUUAGUAGUUUAUGGUAUUGUAUAUGAUACAUAUGAAUGUGUGCUGUGUAUGAGGGCUGCUUGUGGAAUUGUGUGUGGAUGGAUAUGUCACAUUGUGUGUUUGGUAGUGUGUGUGGGCUGUUUGGGGUAUUGCAUGUUAGAGGCUGCAUGUGGGGUUGUGUGCAUGUAUGUGGAUUCUUAGCGGGUUACGUUUGUGCAGAUUGUGUGUAUGUUUGUGUAUGGGCAGUUCAUAUUAUUUGUAUAAGGGGAGGGUUAUUCUUCAUUUCUGUGUUAUGAAUGUAAAUUAGUGAUUGUAAAAUAUCUAUUUACUGUGUAUACCUGUAUUCAAUAUCUACUCAAAAUGGCUGCUAGAGCACCCCCUCCCACCGACUAACUACCUUGUGUAACAAGAUGGCGCCUACAUCCGGAGUAAAAUCCCGGGAUGAUGGUGACAUCACGCCUCGUAGGAUGUGCAUUAGAUAAGACACUUAACACCUAACCAAUUAAAGAUGUAAUCUCUCUGUUAUCUACAUUUUUGCAUAUGAUGUAUUUUUGCCUUUAUGAGGGGCUUGCCGCCCCCUGCGUAAACAUUCUGAAGUUUUUCAUUAACCUGAUACCUGUGUCUCAGUGUAAUUUACUUCAGAGCGUGUACGCAUUUAUUUUAACAAUUAGGAAAGGAGCAGAUACUCACUUGGUUUGAUCCACAAUAUCUAUGUAUAUCUAGCAGUAUGGUUGGCUUCGCUAUGUUCCAGUGGGGACCAGGCUGGCCUGGUACUGGUCAAAGACAGGAGCUCCAACAGCAGCUGCAGGCUGCUCUACUACGUUGUGGAUUCCCAUUCACAAGUGCUUGGAGGAAGUGAUUUGAGAUCAUUUCCUCUAUGUGCUGCAAUGCUUAAAUUGAGGAUUGUCUUUCACCAUCCUUUCGUAUUAGCAGAUAUUUGAAGUUUUACUGGGACUCCUGAUAGGCCAGAGCCUGUUUGGCUCUAGCAGCCUUGAGUGCCGUGCAAAGACACCUGGAGUGCCGUGCAUGGCACUAGUGCCGUAGGUUGCCUACCCCUGUUCUAUACACCAAAACUGCUUUAUUAAGCUAAAGUUCUUCAGGUGACUAUAGUGUCCCUUUAAUGUCAGUUAGGUUUACCUGAUAUCACACUUUAUACCAUGGCAAGUUUCCUCUCAAUGCAUUCUUUUAGACUUGUUUGUAUCUUGUUACAAUAUUGCAUAUAUGUUUAUCCUGAUAGAUGUCAGAAAUUGGCAAGUAGCACAUGAGUGUGGAAAGAAAAAAAGGAUGUUCUUCUACCAUCAAUCAACAUUUUCAUUUUACAUGAGCAGUGUGAUCUGUCUCAUGGACUCUGGAUACAAACCUUCAGAACCAAUUAAAGAUACAAAUGAUGGCAAGGAACAUUUCUUCUCUUUAGUUUCAGCAGUCUUGUUCUACAUACUAAAGGGACAUUCCAGACCCCUAAAGCACUUUAGCUUGCUUUAUGUGUGUAGAUUGUUUUCUUUUUUUUCAUUUUACAAAAAGUGAAGAAUUCAAUGUGAAAUUGGCACUUUUAAAUUAACCUUUUUACACUCCUCUGGCUACUAUUCAGACAACAGGUCCUCUUACUUCCUGGCUGUUUAGUUAUGUGAAGCUAAAUUCAAGAGGCAGCAAUUGCUCAGCGCAUCUGCCUUGCAAAGACUUCUCAUUGAGCUGUAUUGGGAAUUGCUUGGUUAUAUACACUCCAGCGUUGGCAUCCAGAGAAGCAUGGUGUCGGUGAGAGGAGUUAGAUGGGUCAGUGUUAUGUUCAUGUUGCUGGCUGUGCCCAAAGGUGGCAGAUCCUCACAGAAAGUGGGAAGGUCUGCCCAAAUUACUGUCAGGUCAGCCUGGCGUGAAUGCACAAAUUAAGCAGGCCAGCCCAAGGAGGGCAGAACUUGUCCAUGGAGUGAGACACCAAGGAAAAAAAUCGUGAUAACUGAAAACGAUAUACACAAGACAAUACAGGAUGUUCUUCAUCCUAAGUAAAUAAAUGUGUCAGGAUAAGGUGUUAGACAACUGGCAUAAUCUUAACCAAACCAAGCCAUUACUUAUUGGCUCAGAUCUGAAUCUAUUUUUUCUUCUAGUUUGUUUUAAUGGAAAGUAGUUUCUUUCUCAAAAUGGAAUAGAGAGACAUGGGCAUAUAUUCUGAAAAGCAGUUGUUGCCCCUUAUAUGUUGAUAAUUGCCAGUUUAGGUUUACUCUAUCAAUAGAAGAACAAGAUGCAAAAUUCAGGACUGUCCUGCCAAAAUCUUAUUGGUUGGGAAGCAUGUGGUUAGAAGGGGUGGCUUGCAAAUGUUGCGGACAAUAAAUCUACAGUUUUUAGACAUACCCACCAUAAAUAAAUAAAUGCAUGCAUGCUUUGAUUUGGGGGUAUAGCUACUAGUUAAUGUUUUUUUUUAUUUGGACAGUAGAGCGUCAGUUUAAACCAAAUAGACCAUUCUUCUCUGUUUUUUACUAAAUGUCUGGGUAGUCAGAAAAAGAAAUACAAAACUUACUACAAUUAAUAUUGCUGUGUGAAAACCAGCAUAUAUGACAUGUGACCGUGUAAUAAUUUUCAGUCUUGAAGUGGGUAAACUGCUGAACCACCACUGCUGCAGACAUGUUAUAUUUUUAUAUAAUGGUCAUAAACCAUUUUGUGUGUGUGUGUGUGUGUGUGGUUUCUGUAGUAUAAAAAUAUAGCCAUGGCCUCCAUCCAGCUGCAAUCUCUGCAAAAUCCAAUAUCCCCUCAAUUUAGUUUUAACCAAUGUGAAUAAACUUCCUCUAUGCAAUUUGCAGUAAAACUGGUCAACAUAUUGUGUGAUCAAAACAUGAUUGUGUAAUUAAGAGCUUUAGGUGUCAGUGGAAAGCUCAUCUCUUAAAAGAGGAAUGCUUAUGAUUCAUUUUGGUUUUAAAGAUUUUGAGUCAGCAGAAUAAUCCUUAGCGGAGUUCUUCAUCCUAAAUAAAUGUGUCAGAAUAAGGGAUUAGACAGCUGGCAUAAUCUUACACCAACCAAGCCAUAGCAUAUUUUCUUUUUUUUUUUUCCUUGUUCUUCUAGUUUGUUUUAAUGGAAAGUAGUUUCUUAAAAUGAAAUUGGAGACAUGGAAAGUAUUCUGAAAAGCAGGACUUGCCCCCUAUAUGUUUAUUAUUGUCAGUUUAGGUUUAGUCUAUAAGAGAAGAGCCGUGCAACCCUCCUGCUGGGGAAUUUACAUGAUCUCCUGGGUUAAAACCCAGGCCUUCUGAUAUUCAUUUAUUUUUUCCCUUCAAAUAUCUUAUUUAUUUAUUUUUUGUGAAAAGUUUUAAAACCGUUAAACCACGUUUUUAAACAGCUUGCUGAAACAUACCUCCCAAUUUGUCCCUAUUUAGGUUGGACAGUGCGAUGGAGCUCCCGUACUCUGACUGAGUACCUCCGCCAGGUCAGCUUCCUCACUACUAACAGGGAAGCUCUUCAGACCCAGUCAUCGUAGCUUGAUUUGGGUCUCUGAGGUCAUAAACCUGAGGUCUUUUCCAUGAACCAGGCCGCAGUGAUUAUAGCUCAGAUAUUCUUCCUGUAAAACACACUAUAGCUUCCCCCCACACAAUGUCUUAAUGUAGGAGAUAGAUUUUAUUGCACAGCUUUUUAUAGACAACAAUGUUGACUCUCCUUGCAGGUGGCAUAGUUGUUCCUCCCUGGCGCCACUCUGUCUGUUGACUUAAUUACAGUAUCCUCAGCUAACACAUUUUCCCUGCUCCCUGCACAGUCCGAGAGGCACAGCACACACAAUGUCUGCCAAACCCCCCCCUUUCUCUGGACCAUCCCCCACACAGCUUCUAAGAUGCACCACAUGGAAUUGUUAUAUAUUCUUGGGUACACUAAAUCUAAAUUAUUUAACAGACCUAUCGCUCAAAUUUUAGUUUUUGGUUAGAACUAGUACAAUUGCCUUUUUGGAGGCAUAUGUGAUUAAAUUGCGAGGAUACUGCGACGACCUUUAUUCAGGGCAUUGCGACUCUUGUCCCCAAACAUUUCUAUUGGUCCCUGGAUAAAUAGGUCAUAGUCACCUGCAAAGCCCAGGCAUGGAAGUCCUCUACAGACUCCAAGCCUCCAUGCAGUCCUCUACAGACUUAGAAUUACUAGGAGAAAAUAUAUAUAUAUAUAUAUAUAUAUAUAUAUAUAUAUAUAUAUAUAUAUAUAUAUAUAUAUAUAUAUAUAUAUAUAUAUAUAUAUAUAUAAUUUAUUUGUGCUCGGAAUUUCUAAUACGUAGUGGAAUGUAAAAGGCGAAGCAAAGUUGGUUGAGGUGUGCCGAAACCAACGUACGAGUAGGCCUGUAAUAAAAAGAGGACCCACAAAGGUGAAUUGUAAAUAUAGGUGGGUGGGGACAAACCAGUUGCACGGCAAAGGUAAGUAGGGGGGAAGGAGUUUAAAUAGGGUCAUAACUCCUCCCACAAAUUCAGACCAAAUGGCCUUCCUGUGUGUGUAUAUGUGUGUGUGUGUAUGUAUGUAUGUGUGUGUGUAUAUAUAUAUAUAUAUAUAUAUAUAUAUAUAUAUAUCUCUUAUUUUCCGAGUAUUAACUUUCUAUCCUCCAACUUUACUUUUUUCCUCUACCUCCUCUUCUCACUUCUUCAUGUUUUAGAACUUCAUUGGGGAAUUGUAUACUACUUCUGACACAUGACAAACAUAUGCUUAGAUUUUGUGUGUUCUGCUAUUUUUUGAUGGAGAUUGUUCUAUUAUUAUUAUUAUGAUAUUUAUAGAGCACCAUCAAAUUCCACAGCGCUUUACAAUGGAUGGACGAACAGACAUGUAGUUGUAAGGAGACAAGUUGGACACACAGGAACAGAGGGGUUGAGGGCCCUGCUCAAUGAGCUUACAUGUUAGAGGGAGUGGGGGUAAAAUGACACAAAAAGGUAAGGAUAGUAUUAGACUAGUGACAGUUGCAGAAGAGGUAUCAGGAGCUAUUAACAGUUUAAUUGCUACACUUUUAUGAAGAAGUGGGUUUUUAACGAUUUUUUUGAAGGAGUGGAGACUGGGUGAGCAUUUAACGGAGGAGGGUAGCGAGUUCCACAGGAACGGUGCAGCUCUCGAGAAAUCUUGAAGGUGAGCAUCAUAAGUGGGAGUACGGACUGAAUAUAGACGUAAGUCUUCAGCAGAUCGUAAGGGCCUAGACGGGACAUACUUUAGUAUAAGGGAGGAUAGAUAGGUGGGAGCAGCAUUAUGAAGAGAUUUGAAAGCAAGAACCAGAAUUUUAAAUUGAGCUCUAUAUUUUAUAAGAAGCCAAUGUAGGGACUGACAGAAGGGUGAGGUAUGGGAGGUGCGGGCGGACAGGAAGAUGAUUAGGGUCAAGAUUGGGCUUCUUUAGAAUUGGAGUUACAGUUGCAUGUUUGAAGGGCAAUGGAAAUAUACCAGAGGAGAGAGAGAGAUUGAGAAUUUUAGUGAGAGGUGGAGAAAGAGAAGAAGACAGAGUACGGAUGAGAUGCAAGGGAAUUGGAUCUAGAGAGCAGGUGGUGGGGCGGGAGGACUGGAGCAGAGCAGAAACCUCUUCCAAUGUAGCGGGUUCGAACGAACAUAGAACAGCAGAGGGAGUGAAGUUAGGGGAAGUAUUGUAAGGGGAAGAAGAAAGAUGAGAGAUCUCUUCUCUGAUUGUAGAGAUCUUGGCAGUGAAGUGAGUUGCAAAGUCUGAGGCGGUCAAGUUAGUAGGUAGAGGAGGAACAGCAGGGCGAAGAAGAGAGUUAAAUGUGUGAAAUAGUCGUUUGGGUUCGCGGGAGAGUGUAGCAGAGAAGGGCAUAUGUAAAUGUGGAUGGGGAAAUGAGUGAAGUGGGUGUAAGGAGAGAUUUUUAUACUGAGGGAGACUGAGGAAAUAAAGAGGAGGAGAAAACAGAUCAUUGCUAAACUGUGAAAAAUAAAAAUUGGAGAUAAUUGGCAUAUCAAGAGCAGGUGAAGGUGUUUUAUGGGAACGUGCAGGAGUGUACUAAUAAGAGGCAAGUUUUUUUUUUUUAUUUAUUUUUUUUUUUUUUAACCUAACUAAAAUGUAGGUGUGACAGACAAUCUCUAAAUUGGGAGGGUGGGCAUCAGGCUUGCUCACUGAAAGAAUGGCCUUGCAAAGUUGGGGAAUCAGGCUGUUGAAUAAAGAGAUGUGAGGGUCAGAGAGCUUGCAAUAAAGGUAAGGGAGGGGGAAAUGUAUCUAGGUACAGAGAUGAAGAGAUGGAUAUUCAAAUAAAAACAAACAUAUCAAUAAGAGAAGGGAGGGGUCAGAGGUCAGUCACAAAUCAGAGGGGAAAUAGAGGAAUGCAUAUAGUUGAAUAAAAUAAUUACAUACAGGGCUAGCAAAACUACACUUUAGCAUAACAGACAAGAUAUAAAUACAAGAAAACAAGAAAAUAUACAAUGUACACAGGAUAUAUUAAAUAAAAAUUAAAAUAAAUGUACAGGGUGGUUAAGUUAAAAAUAAAUGAAGGUGUGCAGGAUAGAGUCUUAGUGUGAUCUUCCAGAAGGCUACCUUUGCAGACGAUCAGGCUUGCUCACUGAAGGAAUGGGCUUGCAAAGUUGGGGAAUCAGGCUUGCUCACUGAAGGAAUGGGCUUGCAAAGUUGGGGAAUCAGGCUUUGCAGACGAUCAGGCUUGCUCACUGAAGUAUUGUACUAUGUGUACAAUACUACUACAUUAAUGUUCUUUAUGCUUCUAUAUGGUACACUGUGUCAUGGUUUACUUUAUUUACUUCUAUCAUAGAUAAUACACCUCAAAGAAAAUAAAUAAUUAUCAGCAAGUCACCCGAAAUGUCUCAAAACAGUCCCACCCUUUGCCACACGCUCAGCUACAUCUCACCCUCACCCCCUAAAAUGAAACAUACCACUUUCAUUAAACAUCUGAGCUUUUUAGAAAGUUUGCUCUCCCAGCUGACAGUCUGGAUGGUGUUCUUCCUGAUUGAUUUGUGCCACAGCACGAAGUGGAAUGCAAUGCAUCUCAAAGAGAAUCAUUGGAUUAAUUGACUUGCUAUGAGAUUUAUAACAGGUGCCGCACUAUGUUGCUGUGCAUGCACCUUGCCUCCCAAUGCUUCUAUGUGAGUAGCAGCCUGUUGGCUAGGAAACCGUCAGUAUUGAUAAUCGAGCAAAGCAGAACUCCAGUGAAGAACUGUGUCACAUAAUUUAACUUUAAACGGACACACCGAGCACCAUCACUAUUUACAGUUUGAUGGAUGCUUCCAUUCUUUUUAGGAUUUAAAAUAUUACGGAGUAUUUAACUCCAUAUCAUUCUGAGGUGGUAUUCUGAUUUUCUGCCAUUUGCCAAUGGAAGAUACAGAUUUCUCAGCCCUUCUCUCUGGUUCUUGGAGAAACUGCAGAUGUGAGUGAGGCAUUUCAGAGGGGAGUUAACUGUGCUUUCUUGUUGUUUUAUUAUUAUUGUUAUACUAAUUGGCUGUGAUUUAUACACAUUCUAUCAACGUCACCUACUGGUCCCAACCGUUGUAUUAUGUCAUAGUGAAAUUGUGGGGAAGAAAGCGGGUUUAAUAUUAAUAAUGGCGCAAGUAAUAUUUGGAGAAAUGUAUGACUGCAAGUUUAGAGCAGCUGAAUGGAAAAAAAAAAAAAGUAUUGCCUUCUAGCUUAUUGCUUACAGUGAUAUUCCCUUGAUGCUGCUCAGAGAGCCAUAGUUAACACAUUUAUUUUAGUAUUAUUUUUCUUAGUAUUGUGGAAUUUGUAGGCCAACUGUCACCUAUUAACUACAAGUCAUUAUCCAGAAGCUCUUAACCAGUGGAACAGUACCCAGAAGUUGGCCUUUUGCCACCUCUGCCUAUGUCCUCAUUUGUUGUUCAUCAGGCACGUGGCUUUUUAAUUUUUUUUUUUUUUUUUUUAUGGACGUUUUAGGCACCAAAGCAACUUCAGCUUUUUGAAGUGAUGAUGGAGCUAAGAUAACAUUUCUUCUCUAUUUAGAUUAUUUUUCAAUUUGUUAAAUCAGGGCAUUAGAGCGUGAAAAAAAAAUUACACCCCAUACAGACAUAUCUAUUUUAACUCCUUAAGGACCAAACUUCUGGAAUAAAAGGGAAUCAUGACAUGUCAGACAUGUCAUGUGUCCUUAAAGGGUUAAAGCCUUUUACAACAUACACCCAUGUAUACACUUUCACAUACACACAUUCAUAUCUAUAUUUUUCUAACUUGGCUACUUUGGCCUAAAUUUUUGAAUUAACUUUGAAUUCUAAGCACAUCCCACUUUAAUGAACAUUCUAUGUUCUUCUACGCUAUGUAAUUGAAUAGUUUGUUGCCAAGCUACUGCCAAGCACAUCACUUGGUUCUCUGACAAAGUUUGAGUUAAAGGAUCACUAUAGGGUCAGGGAAACAAACCUGUAUUCCUGACCCUAUAGUGUUUAACCCACCAUUUAGGUGGCUUACACCCCUAUAAAAGUUUUAAAAUUCACCUUAUUUCCAAUGCCGCGCAUGUCUACCGGCGCUAGCUCCGCCCCCUUGUGACAUCAAAAUGGUUUUUUUGGAAAGCAUUGGAUUGGCUAAAAUCUGCACGGGGUAAGUGCCAAAUACCAUUUUGGACAAUCAGGACCUCCUCAUAGAGAUGCAUUGAAUCAAUGCGCAUCUAUGAGGAAAAUUCAGCAUCUCCAUGCAGAACGUGGGGACACUGAACAGCAGGCCUGCUUACUGUGCAGCCCUGAGCCAGGAAGCACCCCCAGUGGCCAUCUAAGGAGUGGAGGUGUCCCUAGGGGCAAUGUAAACACUGUAUUUUCUCUGAAAAGGCAGUGGUUACAUGAAAAUGCCUGAAGGGAACUAUUAUACUCGCCAAAACAACUACAUUAAGCUGUAGUUGUUCUGGUGACUAUAGUGUCCCUUUAAGUUCCACUGGGCUAUUUGUUUAAUAUAAAUUUGCUUCCAUAGUGUUAUUUAAAGGACCACUCUAGGCACCCAGACCACUUCAGCUUAAUGAAGUGGUCUGGGUGCCAGGUCCUUCUAGGGUUAACCCAUUUUUAAAUAAACAUAGCAGUUUCAGAGAAAGGGUUAAGCCUUCCUCCAAAUCCUCUAGUGGCUGUCUCACUGACAGCCGCUAGAGGCGCUUGCGUGAUUCUCACUGUGAAAAUCAGUGAGAGCAUGCAAGCGUCCAUAGGAAAGCAUUAUGAAUGCUUUCCUAUGCGACCGGCUGAAUGCGCGCACAGCUCUUGCCACGCGUGCCCAUUCAGCCGACGGGACGGGGCGGAUCGGAGGAGGAGAGGAGGCAGAGAGCUCCCCGCCCAGCGCUGGAAAAAGGUAAGUUUUUUUGUUUUUUUUCCCCCUUUCCCCCUUCCAAAGCCGGGCGGGAGGGGGACCCUAAGGGUGGGGGCACCCUCAGGGCACUAUAGUGCCAGGAAAACGAGUAUGUUUUCCUGGCACUAUAGUGGUCCUUUUAAAAGUGAGAUCCAUUCCAUGAUGUACUGUUAAAUAUUUAAAAAAUACAGGCUAUCAAUAAAAACUUAUGAGGAAUGUCUACCUGUCUUUUAGAAUUUUGGAGCUAACGUUUAGAUACAUUUGGCUGAGUAGAGGAAACCUAUGAUUUAGCUGAUGUAGUACAAUUAAAAGCUUUUCUCUGUAAGCAAACAAUACUGGACUAUGCUGACUGCUCACAACAUUAAAGUACUGCUGACCUGGAAUUCUAGGCUCCUUUAGAACUGAUGUUCAUUAGGUCUUUCUGGAAUAUUAUAUGUCCUUUACAAUGAUACUUAAAGGAACACCAGAGCAUUAGGAAUACAAACCUGUAUUCCUAACACUAUAAUGCCCCUAUGCCUAGUUAAAGGGACACUCCAGGCACCAAAAAUUUUUAUCUUUCAGAUUCAGAAAGCAUGGAGUGCGGCCAAACAUGGGCGCCGCUGAUUGGCUGAGAGCGUUCUGCUGAAGCUCUCAGCCAAUCAGUGACUCCCUAGUCACUAAACUGGCUUCAAAAGAAAUGUACAUUUUGCAAGCCAGUUUUGUGAAUGGAGAGUCACUGUUUGUCUGAGAGUGUCAGCUGAAUGCUCUCAGCCAAUCAAUGAUGCCCUUGCCCGGCAACACUCCGUGCUUCCUGAAUUUUGAAAAUUCAGAAACCAGGUGCCGCCUGGGGGGGAGUAGAUGAAGCAUAUUUAGAUGAUGCCUGGAGUGUUCCUUUAAAACUGAUCCCUAUUUUUCAUGUAAAGUAAUAAUCUAAAUUAUUUUACUUGUCAUUUUCUAGCACCAAAACUCCCUCGGCUCUGCUCACCUCUUUGCCUCUUGCAAUGUCAUGGAUGAGACUUGGUCUCCUUUGCACUGGUCCACUACAAUACUCCACUUAGAGGAGCACUGGGGACCUUAUGCACAUCUGAGGUGAGAGAUGAGCGUGAAUGCAAGCUUUCCCAUAGGAAAGCAUUGUAUUCAGUGCUUUCCUAUGGCUUCUGUGUCACAUUUACUUGGUCAGCUUUCAGUAUGACAGCCAUUAGAGGUAGACUUAACAAAACAAAAAAAAAAAACUGCAAUAUUUUACUUUGCUGGUCUAAAAGGACAGGACCUAUGCACAUUAACCACUUCAUUGAGAUGAAGUGACAGAGUAUCGUCAUUGGAUUGCAUUCAUUGGAUGAGAGCAUCAGCUGAGAACUCAGCCAAUGAUUGCCCCAGAUCAGCUCUUUAGAGGCAUCCACUUUCUGUUGCAGAAAAAUUUACUUUUGGACUACAUUGGAGCCCAAUAAUCUGCACCAAUAGCUUUAUGUAUACAGUUUAAGAAAAAAAACUAUGUUGAUAAUAUUAAAGGACUCCAGGAGAACUUCAUUGCAAUCAAGUUAUUCUGGUUUCAGGAGGUACUUGUUGGAACUGUUAAACCCAAAAGUUGUCAAGCUGGUGCCUGAUCACUCUGCCUCUUCACUUUCCGUUCCAUGUUUGAGGCUUCAGUCAUGAAGCCCUGGACCAGACACAGCUGAAAUGAUUAGAGCAUCAUUGACUAUCCGCCGCACCCUAUUGAGAUACAUAAUUAUUUUCCACUGUCUUUUCAGUGGGGAGCUACUGAUGGUAGCAGCUUAUCUAGCAGUGGCAUGUUGGCCGAGUCUUUCUGAUUAAACAUAACAAAAAAAUUGAAAUGUUCAAUAGUUGGAAGGUGAUGGAUAACCGUAUACCACCAACAGCAAAUGGAAACUCAUCCAGUACAGCACAUUUUGUAAGAUAUCUUAAAAAAAGUUGUAUUUCUUUCAGAAGCAGAGUGAAAAUUAGUCAAGUUUUUAUUAAUUUAUUUUUACAUCCACGGCUCUCUUAAAUAUAAAAUGCUAUGCGUAAUGUGAUACUGUUAAUUUAAUGCAUAUAAUACAGAUAUGAGCUAUUUUUCCCUUCUUUACAGUGGUACAAAUGUACCCAAGUUAUUUGAAGUGAAAGGUAUGCAUUUAUCUAUAUAUACUAGGAAUUUCUGGGCCAAAUAUUAAGAAGGUCCUCAAUUUUUUUUUAUUUUUUUUUUUUAUUACUAAAAUAUUGUUUUUCUUUUAGUCCAACCGGUAAGAAGUUCAGAAGCAAGCCUCAGUUGGCAAGGUACCUGGGGAACACUGUUGAUCUCAGCAGUUUUGACUUCAGAUCUGGAAAGAUGAUGCCAAGUAAAUUGCAGAAGAACAAACAGAGAUUAAGAAAUGACACACUCAAUCAAAAUAAGGUUUGUUAGAAGCUCCACUGCAAUUAGAGUGCAUUGAUAAGUUUUGAAGAGCUACACUUUCUUAAAGACCUUUUGAGCUUUGGCUUUGAAUAGCUUUUUUUGCUAUUAACUAAUAGAUAAUUCAUCUAUCUGUGGGUUCCAAAGUAGUUCUAAAACGAGUAUUAAAAAGAAAAAAACCUCUUUAAACAAAAUAUGUAGUUUCAAAGGAUAGCUUAUUUAUAAGCUUGCCUUUUUAUUAACUCAUUCUUCCAAACUUUGAAAACCUAUAAGUGACUAGAUUAAAGGGAUACUAUAAGCACUACAGAGCAUUGCAAUGGUUAUGGUGAUGGAAAUUCCCUGGCACCAUCUCAUGGUAAGUUGUUAAACUGGUUAUGAUUGGUUUGUCAGUUUACCUGGCUCUGUUUGGUGCCAACACUACUUCUGAUCUGCACUGGUACAUUAAAAGCAAUGCCAGUUUUGUGCAACUUCGAACAACAUUCAUCUCCUGACAUGGUAAGUGACAGUCAAUCAAUAAUAUCUAGAUUGUUUGCUGAUACUGUAAAUCAAGCAUGUCAAAGUUUAGCACGGGCCACAUAAACAAAGUUUAAGUUUAUGUGGGCCGCAUAAAAAAAAACCCUUAAAUUUUCAUAGAAAUGUAGGUUUAUUAUGUAAAGUACAGUAUAAAAAAAAAUGCAUCCCCCUGCACUAAACCACAGCACCCCCCUCUACUAAAUCCCUUCCUCCUACUCCCCUCCCCCCCCCAUAUACAAAAUACCAGUAGCCCCCUCUAGCCAACAAGCAGACUCCACUCACGCUGCCAGUAUGCAACUCCUGAGUCCGGCCUCUGGUAUACCCCAAAUGGCGCCUUCCGCACUCUGUGCCAAAUUUAAUACCCCCGCUACUUCUUAAAACACUGUGAAGGUGGAGCACGUCGAUGUCACGUCGGAAUGUGACGUGACUUUGCGUGCCUCCAGGUACUCCACUGUCCAGUCACAGCCAAUGCAACACACACUGACAGAGACAGACUCACUUACAGACACGCACACUGACCGACACACACACAUUUGCACAUUCUUGCACACACAUCAUUUACUUUAUUGAUCCCUGCCUUUUGGAGCUGAUGUGGGGCCUUUCCCUGGGGUCCAGUGGGGAUCUUCUAUCUGCUCUUCACUGCUCCCUCGCGCGGUUUAGUGGUGCCGGAAUAUGAUGUCAUAUUCCGGCGCCCGGCUUAACUACAGAUGGCGCGCGCGAGGGAGCAAUGAGGAGUGGAAACACUGAGCUCCCUUGCUGACCCUCCUCCCCGGCCAGGUAAGUUAGCAGAGUAGGUGCCUGCAAUGUGGGGAAAGCAGGAGCCUACUCUAUAACACUUAGCAGGCACUCGCAGCUCGCCGGGCCGCAAAGAUGUCCAUUGUGGGCCGCGAGUUUGACAUGCUUGCUGUAAAUGGUUUGACAGCUUUUUAUGGAAUGGUACCAGGUUGAUUACUAAAGUGUGAUUUGUCCUGAUUUCUCAAUGUGAAAAUGAAAUGUCGGCAGACAAAUCUGGUUUGGAUAGUGUCUACUUGAAAUGUUAGGUUAAAGUUACAAAUUCACUUUGAAUUCCUGACAAUUCAAACUUUAUUUAAUUAUCUAGUGAAUGAUGGUCCCUCCUCAAAAUUAGCACAAAUACUAGCAACAUCAAACGAUAAAGAGACACCCCACUUACAAUAUAGGCUCCUUGCAUAGGUUAGGAUGGAAAGAGCCAAAUGUUUCUGCAUUCAUUUAAUUAGAACUACAGUUAUUUGCAAAAAAAGUUCUACGACUUUAAUCCUAACCUUUCUCUUGUCUCCUCUACUAUUUGCAAUUGAGCUGCUGGCAUAGUUAGCGACAAACCUGACAUCACCAGAUUAAGACUGUAAAAUUAGCCUGCUUGCAGAUGAUGUCCCUUUAACUGUGACUAAUCCUCAAAUCUUAUUGCAUAACCCCUCUAUGUUUCUACAUUGUACAUUGAAAUCCUAAACAAUAAGUUUGUUGCUCUUUAAGAGUCUUUUGGCUUUAACAGCUGUGGCAGUGGAAUGGACCACACUGGGGUGAAACUAAAUGGCACAUAGGAAGAACUUGUACUUGUGCAAUCAGGUUAGAUACCACACUUGUAGUUUUUACUCUAGGACCACCUCUGGAUGCCGUUACUGUUUGACAUAAUUAGUAGGACCAUAGGAGAAUCUUGAUUAUUAAGAAGUCCUCAGAGAGAUAGCUUGCUCCAAUAGUUUUAGGUAGAUCAGGGGCUGCCUUGAAGCAGCGACUAUCAGACAGAUUAGACUUUCCUUUAACUAUAUCUUCCAUCAUAAACUAACGAGAUUCGCUUGAGCCAAUCUAUCUCUAUAAUAGUCUCUCUAGGGAUUAUCUCCUGCUAGUUCAGUAAUUAAUUUGAAGAGAUUCAAUAGCAGUUUGAUUCUUCAUAUCGAUCUACUUAUGACUGCUCUAUAUUAUUAUCAGCGAUGGUUUAUACAUUGCAUACUUUUUAGAGCUAGAUAGAUUAAUCUAAUAUAUAACCUUUAUGGUUUAGUAUUGUGUGUUUGCCUAAGUGUCACAGACUACACAGCACUUUGAAUCAUCAUAUGCCACUGGGCGGAUCUGCAAUAAUCCUAUCGCAUUCAAUGCACUCUGACUAGCCGGGAUUUGGAAAUAGGGAACUUUGUUUUCCUCUAUCGCUAGCACCUCGAUUGUUGUUCCAACCAAUUUGGGUUCUGCUGCCUUGGUUCUCCCCCCAUGUAUCCCCUGCAUACAACAUUAACAGAGAUUUCAUCCACUCUACUACCAUCAAGGGUUCGUUUGGAGCCAUUAUAUUAACGAGAGAUUUUUAUAUCUUUAGAUCUGAACCUAUCUGGUUACUACUGUUUUAUUUCAUUUUCUAUAUUCUCUUUACAUUCCCCUUAAUAGUAUCCACAUUACCUCUUUCUCUAGAUCUAGCUAGGUACCUUUAUUCACUGCAACUUCUUGCAACACUGUAUCAGGUCAACUAGCAAUUGUGUCCACCCUAUAAAGGAAAGUGUUUUUUUUUUUUUUUUUUUAAGGCUCCAGGGGUUGGUCCUAUUUUAACUACUUUUUGUUUUCUUUUUGCACAUUAUUUUAACACCUUUUUUAUGUUUGUCUCGUGUUUAUCCAUAUAGGGAUUCAAUAAAAAUUUUUUGUUUUUAUACAAGGCACUAAGCCUAUUAUUUGAUUAGCAACUCCUAUCGGGGUAAUAGGAUUAGUUUUGGUCUUGCUCUUUAGAUGUCCGAUCUAAUCUUCCUUAUUAUUACUUGUGUAAUUACCCACCAGUGUAUAUGUUCCUAAAAAAGUUUAUGAACAGCUGGAAACAUGUUUCUUCUUGGACUUAUUUAUGUGGUGUAGAUUGAGGUCUUGCCAAAGAUUUUAGAUCUUUCUUUGCCUUCCUUUACCACUUUACCAUUUCUAGCAAUAUCUGUGACCUUCAGUAUUGUAUAUUAUUAUUUACUUGGGUUUAUAAACGCACUCUCUUGGCCAAUACUGUGAUGGCAAGAUCACAAAUACGUGGAGGACAAUUCGUUCCUGUACUAGUCUUCUCCUACCACGUGGCCCAGCUUUUGCAAAUGUUAAGGUGGAACUCUAGCCUUGGAACUUCUGAUUGGGUGGGUAUUGUAGGCUCAGAAUGUGCACUGAUUCUCCUCCGCACUCUCCCAUGGUUUGUCUUUACAACCUCAUCAAUUAAAACACCUACAAUCUCUUGAUGACUAGUCGUGUGAGAGAUGGAAUCUCUUUUACCCAUUCGGCUAUGAUCCCAAUUGUGGGUAAUCCAAAAUUCUGUGUUAGUUUGGAUAUGGACUCAAGUUUGGGUGGUGGCUGAGACAUGGAUUUGACCUGAUUUUGUCUCUAGAGGUGUCAUUCCUACCCUACAUUUUAGAGAUCGACAUGGAUUGCAACUCGUAGACAUGUCCCAUUCUUAUCGUGUUUGGCCUUACUUUGUCAUUGAGAUUAACAUGAUUAACAUGAUUUAAGUGCUUCUAUAAACAGCGUUAAAAUGAGGAUGGUGCAAUCUUGGCCAUGCACUUCUCCUUUCUUGAGAUGCUCAAUAGAACAAAACCAUAGUUUCAACUUCAAAAAGGAAGUAGACUUAGGAAUGACAGUCUCUGAUGAAAAAUGGGUUAGUAUGUUCUCUGCUGAGACUAAACUUAUUGUAUGUACAGCUAUUUAGGCAACUGCCUUUACUGCCCACCCCAUUCCUCUUUGUUUUAGGGGUUGUACCAAGCUUAAUGGGAAUGUGAAUUAAUGUGGCCUUUUUUUUGGCUUGCUGAGUUUCAAAUGCUAGAAAAUAUUUUUGGUAUUGUUCUUGAACCCAACCCCAAGGUAACACUACUCUUUGGCAAGCCCACCUUUUGCAAAUUCCCCAGCUGUGCAUUAAUAUGUAUACACUGGAUCUGCAGAGCUGCAUACAAUUGCGUUACAAGAAACUGGAACUCUCAGGAACUCACUCCUUAAGGUUUUCCAUAUUAGCUCUAUGAAAGAGCUCACUGCUAAGCUAUACCUCCCUUUCCCUAUUUAUUCAUUUCUCUCCUCUUUUCUUUAUCCUAUUCAUAUAUUUACAUUUUAUUUGCUUCUCUGGGUUCAUAUAACCAAUUUUUCUCUUCUUACCCUAUGAAAAAAAUCAAUAUUUAUGUUUUUUUUUUGUUUUUUGUCAACUGGUGUUACUUUUCUAUCUACCUAGGAAAUGAUCAGCUUAUGUUGAGUAACAUCCUCCAUUGGGUAUCAACUUAUUUUGGCAGAUUUAAUUUUCGUACUGUCAUAUUUGGUAUACAGCUUUUUUUUAGUUUACUCUUUUAUUUUAAUUUCUUUAAUAAUUUUGAGACCCACCCCGCAAUAUAAAAUAACAAAAAGUUGUGCAUUUAGAUCAUAGGAUUCCAUUGUAUCAUCUCCUGAACUCUGUUUGGCAUGCAUUGGCCGGCACUAUUCUACAUUCUAAUUUGUGCUGUGUUUUUAGGAAGUAAGCUACUUGGGACUACAGAAGUAAAUAUCCUGGAUAGCAUCCAUAAACAGAGGUUAAUGGCGUAUUCUCAGUUCUUCUAUUGAGUGGGAGAGUGAGCAAACAAAAGAAUUGGCAGAUAAUGCUAUGCCAUUUGCAAAUGGCGUAAUUUUUUUAAUAUGGAGGGGAUCCCUGGUAUGUUUUUUUUUAUUUUAAUUUUUAAAAAAAAAUUUUAUUUUUAUCUGUAUUUUCUUUCAUUGAAUGUUAAAAACUUAAAAAAUGUGGGUCAAAUCAAGCCUUAAGUCAUGGUUUCAUAAUCUAGUAUAGCUGGUAAAAUACCCUGAAUGGAAAGAGGAAAGUACUCGCUUAAGAAAUAUAAUCUAAAAUACAUGGCACCUGAAGGACAAACUUUAAUAUUUCCACUUUAAAGCAAAUGGCUGUUUGCAACUCUCAUAACUGAAUAACAGUAAAUUGCUGGCAGGACGUGAGACCUUCAUUGUUCAGUGUUCAAUUGUUGUUUUUUUUUGUUUGGUGGUUAUUUUUUUAUUUACUUCAGAUGCUUUAAAAUAGUAAAAAAAAAAAAACACAAAUAUAUGACGAUUUAGACAUUCAUUCAUUAGUUGAGAGCGUCUUCUGAGCACUUUCAGUCAAUGAAUGAGUUCCUGUCUUAAAGGCACACUCCAGGCACCAUAACAACUGUCCGUGAUCUGUGUAAGCUGACAGUUCUUAGCCAAUCAGUGCCGCCGCUGCCCGAUGACACUCCAAGCUUUCUUAAACUGAUAUUUCAGAAGCCAGGUGCUGCCUUGGGAGAGUUGAGAUCAGUGCCGGAGGCUCACUUUGGGGUUAAACCGUUAGAGAAGUUGUUAUGGUACCUUAACUGCCCCUUUAAAAAAAACUGACAUUUGCCCUUUUCAGCUAUUAGGUGAUUGUCAAAUUAUUGUAAAACUGUAGGUACAAAUCCUUCAUAAUAUGGUUCCUAAAUUUGGAUACAAAUGCAUAUUUUUUAGUUCUCCGCUCCUUUUGAUCAAUGCUAGCCAUACUGCGAUCCUGAUCGCUGUAAUGAUUCUUGCUGUAAAGAUCGCUGUAAUGAUUGUUAAUGGAAAUAGUUUUGGUGAUCGGGUAAGUGGUACAGGGAUCUGGUGAUUUUUUUUUUUUUUUUCCUGUCCUUUUUCUUUCUCUUCUUAUCUCAUACACAUACACCCCACUUUUUUUAUUUUUUUAUUAAUGUGGACCAUAAUACAUUUUAUUUAUUAAUAUAAAUUUUAUUUCUUUAUGUAUCUGUGUAUAUAGAUAUAGUUCCAUCUUUGUUUUAAGAAAAGCUGUCUAUUGCUAAGGGUAUCUGAAGAAAUACAAUAUGAAGUCUGAAUUACGAUGCCUGUCUGUGUGCUAAUUUGCAUCUCUGGAAAUGUAUAUUAUAAAUUAUAUUUUGAUCUUUAAAGUGAUGUUGAUGUACAGUUGGGGAAAAGGUGUAUUUUUUUUUUGAUAGUCAUGGGUUGACUAUUUUUGCAUAGGUACAGCAGCACUACAAUUACAAUUAUUUAUAUAGCUCAAACAUAUUCUGAAGUGCUGUACAAAAGGUAAACAAGACAAAAUUGAAUUCUAACAAAAAAAACAAAUCAAGAAAUUUAUCAGAAAACCGAAGACCGGAAGCUUGCAAUCCAAUAUAAAAUGUAAAUUUAGAUUCUGGGCUGAUGGUUUGUGGUGUAAAGGAUUGCAGGGCAGAGGUUGGCAUAAGGUUUUGUUAAGAGAAAAGGUUGGCAAGUGAAGGGUUAUGUGAAGGGUGGGCGUUCUGAAGGCAGAGGAAAUGGAGGAUGGCAAGUAGGCUGAAGGGGUGUGAUGUACAGAGUGAGCAGCGUUGGGCAUAUAAAAGCCCUGUGAGGGGAGGGAGGCUGGCGAGUCGACUUAAGGAUAUGAUGUGAAGGGUGGCAGUGCUGGUCAAAGGGACCGGUGAGGAGAGGGAGGAAGGCUGGGUGGUGAUAAGGGUGUACAGUGGAACAUUGGAAAAAUGAGUAUGAUGUGAAGGAUGAGCGGCAGUAGCGGGGGGAAAUAGUGGAAGGAAUAGUAUAAAUGAGGAAAAGCAUGCUGGCCAUAAUAGCAAUAAUGUGUAAAAUAUACCCAAUGCAAACAGCAGAUUUACCGAAAGCCUGGAAAACUAAGCUUUUAGAGUGCAAACCCCCCCUGCCUCCCAAAAUCAUCUUAAUGCCACAUAAAACAUGCACCUGUGAUCAGCACCAUCAUCUUACAACAUCCUUAAUGGAUUAAUUUGAGCAUCUCCUUCACCUAGGCAUAUCAGGAGAUUUUUAUUGUAUGCCAACCUUCAAUUAAUCAUCAUUAAAAAAAAUCACAGUAAAUGUUCCAGGGGCGACCAUUUCUUUUUACAGGGCACUCAAGGUAUCUAUACAUUUCAUGUGCCUUUAUUAUAGGUUAAAUAUCUCCUAAGGUUUAAAUACCAUCAGCCUACCCCAUCUCUAUCUAAUGUCUAGCAUUUCAUUUAUUACUGCAAUAGUUCUGAUCUGUACAAAAAUAUAUACAGGCAUACCCCACUUUUAAGUACACAAUGGGAACAGAGCAUGUAUGUAAAACGAAAAUGUACUUAAAGUGAAGCAAUACCCUUUUCACUUCCCAGUGCAUGGACUGCAUUGCAAUAGUCAUAACUGAUACUGCAACUGCAGAUUUCCAGUGAUUUUAUUUCCAGUGAUUUAUUUAGUGCUUUCCAGUGGGCUUUUAUUCAGUUAAAACAAACCGUAAAUUGAAAAAUCUCAUUCCAGAUUGUACCAUUUAUCUUUAAUGUUUUACCCGUCUGACAACCUUAAACUGGGAAGAAAAGUAAAAUAAACCUUCCCACUGGGGCAUUUUCUGCCAAUACACUGCCAAUUUGUAUUUGUUAGCAGCUUAGUUGCACACUUUGUACUCACGAGUGUAUGUAAAGUGAGUGUAUGUAAAGUGGGGUAUGCCUGUAUGUAUGUUUUAUUUUAAUGGAAUAUAGAGCUGCCUUGUGCAUAUGUGGUCUCAGUAACCUAAUUCUAAACAAAAAAAAACAAAACAUUUUUCAUAAUUUUCCACUUUUUCCACAUACUUUGUGAAUUGAUUAAUGGUCAGUUGGAGAAUCUCAUAUAAGAGAUUAGUAAACAUGGGAAAAAAGGGGGAGGAGAAUGAACUAGAGGGCCACCAUACAUACAAGUAUGCAGGAGGGAGACUGUUCAUUCAAUAAACUGUACCCCUAAAGUAAGUGUACUUAUAUAAGGAGGGGAGGGAAACAUGGGUAUUUGUACCUUUAAUAAAACAGAAAAUACACAAAUAGUAAUAAAAUCUAACUGGCUCUAAAAAUGGCCAGGAGGGGAAUCCCCCUUACAGAGAGUAUACAUUUGUGAGAUAUAAACUCACAAAUACUAGCUAGAACGAACACAGCUGCAAAGUACUGGAAACCAGAAAUGGUCCCUGGAAAAAUACAGAUAUAAUGUCCGUUUUAGUCAAACAAUCCUGCCAGAGGUCUAGGAUAGGGGCAGCGGGGUAAUAUAGGUAGCGGUGUAAAGGGAGCCUUGGUAGUGAUAGUGCCCCUGGAGGGAGCAGAGUAGUUGCUAGUACAGGCUAACACAUAGGUGUAUAAAUGGACCGUUAAUCCAGGUGGUUAGUUCGGAAGAUAUCAAUGCACAUACAUAUGCCAGGAGAUAAAAAAAGCAUUCAUGUAGAUGUAACUUCUUGCCAAAACCCACCAGACACUGUCCUGUCCACAGCCUAGAUAGCCCUGAACUUACUGAACUGUCUCCCAUAGACACAGGGUAACCAAGUACACUACCUGCUGCUUCGAGGAAGCCUCAAGGAUAUCCCUCUUACUAAGUGCCCAAACGAACCCUAACACGGAUUGAGCAGCAAAUUGAAAAACGAAAACAAAGAAACAAAAUCAAAAAGAAUGCAUCAGCAUUCUGUAAUGCUCGACGCGCAUUUCGGCGUAUAAGAACGCCUUUGUCAAGAGCUAAAGAGUGUCUGCCUACCUGGCCGUGUUAAGAAGGGGAAGACCGGCCCGCCUCUGAAGUCCCAGCCGCCAAUCACUGUCCUACAACUCUCCCUCCCUGGACACAUCAGUUCAGUGUCCAAUCAAAAUAAGGGAGGGUGAGUUGUAGGACGGUGAUUGGCGGCUGGGACUUCAGAGGCGGGCCGGUCUUCCCCUUCUUAACACGGCCAGGUAGGCAGACACUCUUUAGCUCUUGACAAAGGCGUUCUUAUACGCCGAAAUGCGCGUCGAGCAUUACAGAAUGCCGAUGCAUUCUUUUUGAUUUUGUUUCUUUGUUUUCGUUUUUCAAUUUGCUGCUCAAUCCGUGUUAGGGUUCGUUUGGGCACUUAGUAAGAGGGAUAUCCUUGAGGCUUCCUCGAAGCAGCAGGUAGUGUACUUGGUUACCCUGUGUCUAUGGGAGACAGUUCAGUAAGUUCAGGGCUAUCUAGGCUGUGGACAGGACAGUGUCUGGUGGGUUUUGGCAAGAAGUUACAUCUACAUGAAUGCUUUUUUUAUCUCCUGGCAUAUGUAUGUGCAUUGAUAUCUUCCGAACUAACCACCUGGAUUAACGGUCCAUUUAUACACCUAUGUGUUAGCCUGUACUAGCAACUACUCUGCUCCCUCCAGGGGCACUAUCACUACCAAGGCUCUCUUUACACCGCUACCUAUAUUACCCCGCUGCCCCUAUCCUAGACCUCUGGAAGGAUUGUUUGACUAAAACGGACAUUAUAUCUGUAUUUUUCCAGGGACCAUUUCUGGUCUCCAGUACUUUGCAGCUGUGUUCGUUCUAGCUAGUAUUUGUGAGUUUAUAUCUCACUAAUUUAUACUCUCUGUAAGGGGGAUUCCCCUCCUGGCCAUUUUUAGAGCCAGUUAGAUUUUAUUACGAUUUGUGUAUUUUCUGUUUUAUUAAAGGUACAAAUAGCCAUGUUUUCCCCCCCCCCCGUUUGCUCCCCUCCUUAUAUAGGUACACUUACUUUAGGGGUACAGUUUAUUGAAUGAACAGUCUCCCUCCUGCAUACUUGUAUGUAUGGUGGCCCUCUAGUUCAUUCUCUUCCCCCUUUUUUCCUAUAUUUACUCUCGGGGUUAAGCCCCCUAUACCCCUUGUAACCUUUCUUUCAGAGUUUGGGGAGUUGGUCUCUUCCAACACCCCUUUGCCUCUGUUUCUUCCGAUUAGUAAACAUGGCUUAUUUAUAAAAUGUAUGCAUACUGAUUCUCCUAUUCAAGUAAAAGGAAGUCCAUGACUGGCUGGGCUAACUCCUUUAAUGAGUAGGAAUGUAUGGCAUAAAUUGCAUUGAACUGAAUUUGCUCUUGGCAGCUGAUUGUGCCAAUGUUCACACUGUAUGGCCUCUCAACACGGUUUAUACACAUUAGCGCACCAUGUACUAAUAAAUCCAGCCUGGAAAUAGUGCUACUUUUGAAAAGAAGUAUCCGACAUCCAUUGACAAUGGCAGGUUUCUUUUUUUUAUUUUUGUUUGUGGAGGUGAGUGUUGGCAGUUGUUUUUGUGCUUUAUAACCAGAAAUGGAAAAUGUAUUUGCACAUCGUAUUAGCAAAACAUCUAAGGCUUAAAUCAGAAAUGUGGAGUUGGAAACCUCACCCUCUGCUUUCCUGACUUCUCUUGCUGUUUGCCCAUAAUACUCUGCCAGGCAAUGGCUAAUAGAAAUUUGGAAUACUUAACCUAACAAUAUCUAUGGGUUGAUGUUUGACAUUCAUGAGCUAAAUCGACGAGUCUAUGGGCUUAAAAUAAAGUACUCACCUAACAAUAGAUGAUUUUUUAAUAUAUUUUUUUUAAUUCUUUCGUAGAAUAAACCAGACUUGAAUACAACAUUGCCAAUCCGACAAACCGCUUCGAUCUUCAAGCAACCAGUUACCAAAAUUACCAACCAUCCCUGUAACAAGGUGAAACUGGAUCCCCAGCGAGUGAUUGAACAGCCACGUCAGGUGAGGAGCUGCUAGAAAAUACACUGGCAACUAAUAUAGUUUAAAAAAAAAAAAAUUUGUUCAAAGUAUAAAUACCUUAAGCAUGUUUACCCAAAGAAUGUUUUGUUUGGUGAUCCAAAUUUACAAUACUUUUUAUAUUGUUGUAUACCUCUCUGAAAAGACAGGUAUACAUUGAGCAUUUACUGCAGUCUUUAAUAAAGCUGUCAGCAGUGAAUAUUGGUAAAGAACAAGGCAUUAAAAACCUCCCAUAAUUCCUUGUAUGUAUAUGUAUUCUGGCUUAUAUGUGUGCACACACUUGAAGAAAUGUAGUAACACUGGUUACCAAAAAGUGCAGUGGUGAUGGUUGCUUUUGCAUACCUCAGCUCUGCCAUGGGUUCUAAGAACACCUGUCUAGCAUUUAUUGGACUGAAUGAGAGAGGAACAGUCAGCAACAAAAAGUUUAAAGUCCCUGUUUAACUUUUGGCAAUAACCCGUCAACCCCAGACCAUCUGAGGCAAAGCUGGACGAUACUCAAAGUGGAUCUUUCACCUACAUAUUUUUUAUGGUUUCUACAAAAAUGAAAAACACAUAGUUGAGAGCUCAAUUAUACAGCAAAAUCCUGCAUAGAAAAUGGAAGACGACAGUGGCAAGAUUCAGCAUGAAUUUCCGUUCUCUCCCUGAUGCUCUGGCUGCUGUAGUUUUUUUGCUCUAUGUAGGAAUAUGGAGUGGUGCUGUGUGUAUCAUUAUGCUAUUGGGUGUAUUAUCAUUGAGGUACAGAUAAAUACAGACGUUGCAAGAACAUGAUAAACACCAAAAUAACUUCAGCUUGAAAGUGUUAUUUAUUUUAUUUUUUUGUGUAGAUCAUGCCCUUGCACUCUUAUUGCUCAAUUCUUUGCCAUUGAGGAGUUAAAUCAGUUUGGUUAUGCAGUCAUAGCUACAUUCCUGGCCCAGACUCACACCGUCACCCUGCACACUUCCUGAAAUAGUGUAAAUUUUCUAGCUUUCCUUACUGUAAAGUGAUACAUUUUAAAAUUCCGUCUCUCCUACUAGAGCCUACAUCAGCUUCCUGUAUGUGAUUACAUUUCAAUUAGCAGAACUUAAGACAAUCUAAAAUAAACAGACUGUGCUGUAAAAUCUGAUUGGAAAGGAAACCAUUUUCUUCAUAGAGGCUGCGUUAGUCAGUCAGGUGGAAUGUGGAUAGGGUUUCAUAGACCGACACCUUAACCCUAAUAGCUUAUUUACCUCCUAAACUGUAGAGAACUGAGCAGUAAGAUUGAAGGGCAUGAUCUAUACACCAAAGCCGCUUCGCUAAAGGAUCACUAAAGUCACCAAGACCACUUCAUCUCAAUAAGGUGGUCUGGCUGCAGUUUUCCUGUAGUUUUAACCCUGCAAGAUAAGAAUUGCUUACAUUGCAGGGUUCAACACGUCUCUAGUGGCUUACUUCCUGACAGCUACUUGAGGAGCUUCCUCUGCAACUACCAAGUUUGACUCAGUCUUGGAUUUAAUGCUUCCCUUAUGAGAAACGCAUGCGUAUAACAAUCCCAGUACUUCUGUAUGAGGAACAUUGGAUUGGGCCAUGAUCUUGGAAGUGUCUCCUCUAGGAUGACAAAGCAGGAGGAGGCGCAGUUGGUAGCACAGAGCUAGUCUUGUGCAAGGAAAAAUCUUUUAUUUUAUUUUUUUUCUUCUUCCCUUUUUUCAGCUUAAAAGGGAUAAAUAUAAAUAGGGAAAACGGCACGGUAGCAUUAAGAAUACAUGUUUGUAUUCCUAAUGUUAUAGUGUUACUUUAAAGUUCUUUUGGUGCAUAUAGUAAUUUAAUGUAAGAGCUCCCCUUGAGCACAAAUCGCAUGAAAUGCAAAUGCUUAGCAAUGCAGUAUGUGAUUGCUUACUGACUGUGGAUUAUUGGUCUCUUCAUAGACCUUGCACCAGAUUAUUUAAAUGUUGUUAGUCCUGUCUACAACAGAUCGUGAGACCCCUAUUGAUCAUUUGAGAAUUUAGAAUUGAGUAGAUAAUUGGUUGUGGUUUGAAACUGAUAAAUUGUGACCUUUUAUUACUCUGUAUCUUUUAACCCUUUUAUUGCUUGUGACUAUGAAAAUACAGAUUUGCAUUAACUUCCAUCUGGAGCCAGGCUGAACAGAUGCUCCAAUCAGAUACUCACAUUAAGAGCAGACAUGAAGUUAUCUGUGUAGGGCAGGAAUGUUCAAAUAUGAGCGCUCCAGCUGUUCAUAAACUACAUUACUUUUGACAUUUGCAAGCCACUUGCUGUGUUUCUAUCAUGCAAAGGUUAUUAGGAGUUGUAGUUUGCCAACAGUUGCAGAUCUUUUAUUUGAAUACUGAAGCAGGAGUCGGCAACCUGUUGCUCAUUGGCCUUAUUAGGCCCUACCCCAGCACAAUAGCGGCCUGUUAACUGACUUCAUGAAAAUAAUUGGCAUCUGGCCCAAGAGAUUGUCACUUCUGCCUGCACCAGCAAUAGAAGAGGAGCCACACAGAGAGAGUUCUACACAAAUUUCUAGGUAGCUUUCACUGUAGCUUGACAUUACUGCAGAGUGAUCCACAAGGGAGCUGUGUGCAAAAAUAACACAUUCUGUGCUGCUUGUGUGUACUACCCUCUUCAUGGCUUCCUCGCACCACCAGACACUACGUAUUUUUACAUUUGGAUUAAUUUGGGGGAAACUUUGUGAAUAACCCUGCCAAUGUCUGGGUUGAGGCAGGGUCCCCAAACUUUCUAAUUUGAAAUAAUUUUGUGUCAGGACCAGUAGAUUGUCAUGAAGGACAAAUAGAUUGGGCCACCAUUUAAAUCCCAUGGACAAGUAGAUUUAAAAAAAUAAAAAAUCCCAUGGUAAUGUAAGAAACCUGGAGAGAACACUGGCUGGACACUUCUAAACAAGAGGCAAAGUGGUGGUGAGAAUUGAGAGAAGGGUGGCACUGGUGGGACACUACAAAAGAAGAGGGGGGCAAUGGACAUGAGAAUUGAAAGAAGGAUUGCACUGGGAGAAAAAACAACAACUUGGUGGACACUGCUUAAAAAGAGGGGUAAUUGAAGUGAGAAUUGAGAGAAGGGUGGCACUGGUAGAGAACACUGGGUACGCUGCUAAAAAAGGAUCAGUGGCAUUGAGAAUCGAGAGAAGGAUAGAUAUAUAAACUAAUUCGGACUUCCAUCCAUUAUACAACAUGGCAUCCUGCCCUUAUACAGACAGAUGUUGAUGACCCCUAACCUAUAUUACAGGCAUAAUGCAGGUUUUUUUUUUUGUUGCUUUUUUUUAAAAUUAAUUUUAAAUUGAUGUUUGCAGAGAAGCAUAUGUACGUAUUCAAAUGGUCAUUAAGCAAAUUAUCCGCUAGCUGCAAUGUUAAUAUAUUUUGCGCUGUACAGCUGAGGUAUAUGUGACAUAUGGGAUUGUAUACACGUGUGACCAGACCGCUUCCUGUGGAUGUUAAUGCCACAGGAGGUGCUACUAAAAAAUGAAAUACAGCAUGCUAUUUCACACACAAGAAAGCAUCUUUUUACUCAUCAAUUCAAAUUUAUUUAUAAAAUAUUUUACCAGGAUGGAUACAUUGAGAUUUCUCUCGUUUUCAAGUAUGUCCUGGGUCAUACAAUUGACUUAAUUUAAUUUCCCUCCACAAUUUUAAUAUACACUCCUUAUUACAUCCUCUAUUUAUAUUUUAAAAAUGCUUAUAAUCCUGCCAUCCAUCUCUUUCCACCUGUCACAUUUUUUUCCUCUCUAUUGUCCAUGUCAUAUCACCCGUCUGAUGCUAUUACUUCUUAUAAAGCAUUUUAGAUUCACUUUCUCACCCCUACACUGCCACCAUUUCCUCACACACUGCUGAGGGAAUGGUGGCACAGGUCCGGGUCUAGCCCUGACAAACAUAUUUCACAAAUCCAAACUCUCCCUUCUAUGGAAACAGAGGGUGUCCUCUGGCUAAGUAAAUGUUUGACACUUGCCAUGUUUUCAGAGUCCGGCAUCUUCUAUGACUGACAUAGAAAGCUGAUGUCAUGUGUUACAGCUCAGCAUGCCACGGUAUGUUAAAACCUUCAAUUACUAAGAUUAAUAGCAACUUAAAGCAUCAACUACAAAAUAGAGAGAGAGGUUAUUAGCACAAUAAAGUAUGCUUCAUGUGUGCGUGACACAGUCCCUCUCAAAACCAAAGAAAAGACCAACAGGAUGUAUCUGUGCUUUAAACAGCCACCCUUUAAUUUCCUUUGUGGUGAAGGAGCUCGAUUAAAUACCUAAUUAUAGAAAUAUCCUCCCCACUUUUGUGUGUGCGAAUAGGUUUUAUUUUAUAAUAUAUAAUCAUUUUUUUUUUUAUAUAAUCCCAUGAGUGCAUAGAUACAGCUAAAUCAAGGACUAUGGUAUUAUGUCUUGGAUAAAAUGAAGGCCUUGUAAAUCUAAAUUGGAAAUCGAUUUAAGUAACCUUUCAAAGUGUAACUGUUAAUCAAAUUUACAUAGCUAACUGCUUCUGAUUGCAUGAUGGGGGGGCUUUAUUUGAUCUUUUGAUAAGGUCAUUUUGUAAGAAAUGUAAAAUAAAAUUUCCUCUUACAUUGUGCUAACUAUAUAUUGCAGAUACAUGUUUACGUAAACUAGAAUGAUUUCUAUCUUUGUGCAAAUAUGCAUAGAGAUGCAAACUACGUCUCUGCUGGUGCAGCGGGUGUGUGUACAGCCCAAAAUGUAGUGCAUUUCAUCUAUGCUUGGAGCUACAAUCUUUGAAUGUUUUAAUAUUAUGUUAUAUAUAGAUGUUCUCUAGCUUGUACAAGCUAGUUUUGCACCACAUUUCAUAUUAUCAAGCUUGAAGGGAUCGAAACGUUGCUGUCUCGGUCAUGCUUUUACAAUAAAUCUGCUGAUUAUGAAGACCUUGAAUGCCUAGACUACUUUGCUGUUACUAUAUGGAGAUAGGUUGAUGGCAUCAGCUUAUGCUCUCAUCCCAUCUUUGACUUAUAAUUGAGACAUUUUCAGCGAACGCGCUCGGCAUAUCACUGGCACCCAGUCCAAGGUUUCUGCAUUGAGUCCAUGGAUGAAGAAUACACUGGGACGGAAGGACUGACAUCCAGGUCUUCCAAGCACUGUAGUCAUCUUUACAGUGCCUGGAGUGUUCCUUUAAUUACCAUGUUGAUGAAGAAGUGUAUUAUUGCUGUAAUGGUAAAAUAAAUUAAGAAUGUGUUGUACCCGUGUUUGUAACUUCAGCCUCCAACUCUCAAACAUAACUGAUGGCUAAAAUGUCUUAAAGGAAUACUCCAAGCACCGUAGUCACUGUAGUGGUUAUAGUGCCAGCAGCCUCCUAGCACCCUCCCAGAGUAAGUAGUUAAACCAUUUUCACAAACCCUGUAGUGCAAGACCGAAGCAUCUGCUGAGUGGUCCCAUCCAAUGAACUACGCCUUGCACUGCCGGCCUAGCUCAGAACUUUAGGCUAUCCUGGAGGAAGUGACAGUGUCCAGCAAACCCCACUUAACUUGUCAAAAGAGUUGCAAACCGUUUGAUUACUUUCCCUGGAAGGGCAUUAGCGAACUCCUGGAACCUUAACCACUGCAUCCCCUUUGGAGUGUUCCUUUAAUACUAUUGAAAUAUAAGUAAAGAAAACGUGUAAUUAUUGCCAUGUUGCAUGUUUACAAUCCACACUUGGUCGAAUUGAUACAUCACUAUCCUAUACAUUUUUUAAAAAAGUCAUACAUCGGGCAAAUAUGCUAUAAAAUUUCACUUCCCGUAGUUUGUUCCAAUGAUUCACUUGCUUUGUAUUUUGUCACUAGGUUGUUAUUUAGGUCCCUUACCACUCAGUGUGAAUAUUUUAAACUGUAACAGAUUCCAGAUGUGUGCUGCAAAAUAUACAGUGUGUGUAAGAAUAAAUCAUAGCCCAUGCAAGGAGAAGUAAAUAGGCCAAGGCCGCCUGUCCACUUAGAAGACCGUUAAACUAUCCGUAUAACAUCACUUUAUUGAAACAACACAGAUAUAUGAAAGUGAUGAGUAUUAGUCACAUUGUUAAUUUUAUACGCAACUUCAAAACCACUAAUGCUCAUUCUGAAAAUAUUGAACUGUGAUGUGAAGAAAUUCAUUUUGUUUAUCAUAUUUUUAUUUUCAGUGGGCAGUCCAGGAAUCUUUUAUGUAUAUUUUGCUUUUUUCCAACAUAAUUAUUAGUAUUUUUUAUAAUGCCAACAUAUUCUGCAGUGAUUUACAAUGACAGAAAGGGGAUAUUUGAAGGAACUGCACAAACAAGCUUGCAAUCUAUGAGGAUUUGAGUUAGGCGGAUAUAUAGCAUUAGUUGUCUUGCCAAGGGACACUUACUGGUAAGGUGGUCUGUGUGCCACUGCUUUUCUUUGAACGUCUUUGCAAGAUAUAUUUUAAGUGGCUCUUUCAUUGUCUGGUAUCUUUGCAUAAUUUGACGUUGCUGUUAGAUGUUCAGUGGCCAUAGGGGACAGGGAAAGGUGAGAUUUACUUAACUGGACCUGUUCUUCACGGGCAUCGCCAUCUUCUUCCGGUUACUCUUCUGCAGCUUUAACUGGAGCAGAUGUCAGAACUCAUCCGCAUGCAUGAAUGUACACCAUUGAGGUCUAUGGAGUAUAACUCGAGAUUGCAGAAUUUUCCAUAAAAAACACAUUUUUUCCCCCUACAAACAUCACUGAUGAUGGCUGGGAUAAAUGACAUGCUUGACAUCGGUAGCUCCACCUUUUUAUCAAACUUGGCAAGUGGAGUAAAAAUACUGAGACUAAGUAGUCCCUACCUCAGUCAAUCUGAGUGUUUCAUAAAUAUUUGAUAUUUACAAAGUACACAUUUUUGAUAUGGGAGUGAUAGAGCCACCUGAAACCUGCCUCCUCUGUCCCUCUCACCUCCUCCGUUGUCUCUCUUUCUGUCACUUGUCUUGUAAUACAAUUGUAUAUGUCCUAAAGAAGCACAACAAAUCUAUCUGGGAGUUAUAGUUUGGUUAACCGCUUGUUGAAAGUUCAUAACUAAAAUAUGAUAUCUGUGCAUGGAGGGCACACAGCCUUAGUCUGUAAAAAAAAAACAAAAAACAAAAAAAACUGGCAAGUAAAAUUGUGCACAACCCAAAAUCCAGGCCAGUUUCCAAUACUAGGUCAUUAAUCAGCAAUGUAUGAAAUAUUCAGAAGAGCACAAAACAUAAGCACUCCAAAAACAAAAUACUUUAUACUAAAAUCAUUAAAACACACAUGAGAUAUGCACACUGCAAAUACUGUAUUCUUCAGAAAGUUAAAGGCAUGGAAUGCAUGUACUUGGUAUAUUCGUGCCAAAGUAUUCACCAUACCACAGCAAAGUAUUCUAGCAUAAAUGCAACUGAUUAUGCAUACCACAAUUCAGUCUUUGGUUGAUUAGAGGUUUUGGGAUAGAGCGCAUGUUGUUCAUUAGUGCUCACCUACAAAGCUAUGCAAUGUAUAUAUCUUCACUAAAGAGACACUCCACUGCCCAAAUACAAAGUAAAUAAAAACACUAUUUAGUAGAUUUACCCCAUGAAAACUUGCACAGAUUUAAUUAUAAAAAAUGUUUUAUUGGGGUUAUAUCUAAAACCAGCUAGUAAAACCUGCUGUUCCCUUGCCUGCUGCCUUUGCCCUUCCCUUCUAAUUCAGCCUAUACUUUGUUACUGUCCAAUCAUCAGACUUCUCAGUGCAGCUCAAUGAGAAGUGUUUGCAAGUCAGAUGCUCUGGGCAAUUGCUGCGUCUUGAGUUUAGCCCAAUUAAACAAACCAGGAAUUAGCCGGACCUCUGGUCUGCUUAACAGCCAAGGGUGUGUAACUAGGUUAAUAUUUAAAAGUGUCAAUUUCUAUUGAAAUUUGCAUUUUUUUGCAAAAUGAAAAACAGAGGACACUUCACACACACACAGCUUUUCAGCAAGCUAAAGUCCUCUAGGGGUCUGGAGUGUUCCUUUAACAUUUUAAAAAUAACUGGGAAAUUUUCAUGGUUGACUUAUUGGUUUUCUAGGUGUAUUGUAUCCCUGUCCCAGUUAGUCCUGCAAUGUUAUUUUUUGAAGUGAUUGAGAAAUUGCAAUGAUUACAUUGAUUACAUUGCAGUAUUAAGACUGCCUCUAGUGGCUGUCAGUCCGACAGCCAGUAGAGGCACUUCCUGCUUGCUAGACGACGUUAGGUUGCCUGACGCUGGACGUCCUCCGCUCUGCAGAAGAACAUCCAGCAUACGUGAAAUCCCCACAUUGAAGCAGUGCUUUCCUGUGUGGAGGGCUUUAAUGCGUUCACCGUGCAUUAGCCCUCUCUCCCCACCAUCGGGUGACGUCUGAGGUGGCAGAGCGCCAACCAUUAAUUUUAGCUGAAUAGGUCAAACCAAUCAAAGAAAGCUUUCUAGACACCUCCUCCUUUUCUACAUUAAAUUCCACAGUUAUGGGGUUCUUUGCAGGUUGAACUAAUGGAGUUCUGUACCUUUUUUGUUUUCCUACUUAAAGGACCACUAUAGUGCCAGGAAAACAUACCGCCGGGCUCUAGGGGGAGGAAGAGGUUAAACUUACCUCUUUCUCCAGUUUCGGGCAGGGGACUCUCCUCCUCCUCUCCUCCUCUUCGGCUGAAUGCGCAUGCGCGGCAGGAGCCGCGCGCGCAUUCAGCCAGUCCAUAGGAAAGCAUUUACAAUGCUUUCCUAUGGACGGUAGCAUCUUCUCACUGUGAAAAUCACAGUGAGAAGCGCGGAAGCCCUCUAGCGGCUGUCAAUGAGGAAAGCAUUUACAAUGCUUUCCUAUGGACGGUAGCAUCUUCUCACUGUGAAAAUCACAGUGAGAAGCGCGGAAGCCCUCUAGCGGCUGUCAAUGAGACAGCCACUAGAGGCUGGAUUAAACCUAACCUAAACAUAGCAGUUUCUCUGAAACUGUUUAUAAAAAAAAAAAAUGGGGUUAACCUUAGCUGGGCCUGGCAUGCAGACCACUUCAUUAAGCUAAAGUGGUCUGGGUGCCUAUAGUGGUAUUUUACAUUUUCAGGUUUUCACUGCGCAGCGUGUGAGGGAGCGGUGUGUGAAGAGCAUGAAGAUUAUAUCUCCUUCGACGUCCAUGCUCUGCCUCCCCUCUGUAUAUUUUGCCAGAGUAGGCACUUACCAUCUGGGUAAGCAUGUGCCUACUUUGUCUUAGCGCAUAACUUCUCGCCUCAGGGCCAGCCAGUUCAUUGGCCCCCUGUGACAGGCAGAACAAUCACAACCCCUGUUGUUCCGACCAUUGGCUGCAGGGGGAACAGGCGGAAGCUGUGGUCUGCCUCAACAUGUUUAUCGAAUAUACUUAUCUGGAAAUGAUAAAUUAUGACAAUUGAGGGAUUAAUCAAAUGGUGAAAUUUCUCACAGCAAAAUGUUUUUUGUCCUAUUUGUGAGUUAUUGCUGUAUGAAUAUGUGGUAUUUUUUCAAAUCAAUUUCAUAACACCCUGGUGUGUUGUGCGAUAUAUUUGAUAAAAUAGUGAACAUUUGCAUAUAUCAGUACAGUUAUACAGAUGAAGUAUAACAUCGUUGGUCAAGGUUGUUUGUACCUAAAUGCAUGUAGCGCUUGUAGCAGUAUAGCAUGCCAUUUCUGUAGGCUAAGGAGACUCUCUUUAAACUACGAGGGGUUGGGGGCAGGUAAAAUGUGGCAUAUUAAUGAAUUUUCAAAUGUGUGUAAUUUUUUUGUAUUCAUUGAUGUAAUCCAUUUACCUUACAAAUUGUGGGAUAUUGAGUGUUAAAGCAAGCAAAGAGGUAAGCUGAAUAUUUUUUGGUUAGGAAUAUAGUUAUUAUAGAUUAAGUACAACAGUCACCUCAAAACUAUUUUUAAUAUAAUAAUUCUUUCAUAAAGUUUUGGAAGGAAAUAGAUUUAUUUUUAAAUAAAGUAUAUGUAAAAAACGUAUCCCUACCUUUAGUAUAUGAUGGGCAACUUCAGUUAUAUACAUACAUUUUGGGUCAGAAGGUGUUUGAAAACAGACUUUCUCUAUAGUUUUCCCGGCUUCUUUGCAAGGAGUUACAUAGGUUUAUAGCUGAUCCAUAGUUGUCUAGGUUGAAAAGACUAAAUAAAGUCCAUCAAGUUCAACCCUGAAGCAAAGCAAGGGAGACCAUAGAGGCUAGCAGGGUGAUUAACUCAAGUGCGAAUUGCUGGUAGUUAUUUAUAAAGCACCAACAGAUUCUGCAGCGCUGUACAAUGGGUGGACAGGCGCAAGUAUUUGUUACCAGACGAGUUGGAUUCACCGUCACAGAAGGAUUGAGGGCCCUGCUCAAUGAGCUCACAUUUUAGAGGGAGUGGGGUAUACUGACACAAAAGGGUAGGAUAGAAACGUAAUUUGCUAGAGUAGUAUUCAGUGAGGGCUUAGUGUUUAUUUUUUUUGGUUUACAUUUGCAGGAGAGGAAGCAAGGUGUAGGGAGGGAAAGCUAUUAACUGUUUGAUAUGCUUUCCUGAAGAAGUGAGUUUUCAAUGAUUUUUUGAAGGAAUGGAGGCUGGUUGAAAGUCUAACGGAGCAGGCAAGGGAAUUCCGCAGGAACGGGCAGUCCUAGAGAAGUCUUGAAGAUGAGCAUCAGAGGUGAGAGUAUGAACAGAGGAUAGACGCAGGUCUUCAGCAGAGCAUGGGGCCUAGUUGGGUGUGUUGUGUAUUACUGCAAUUUGGGAACACUUAAGACCGCUGACAAGUGGCUUGCAGUAGUCAAGGCGAGAGAGGAUAGUAGCAUAAACAAGCACCAUAUAAGCAUCAGGUGUUAAAUAGAGGCAGAUAUGCUCUGUUUUUGAGAUGAAAGUGGCAGGCUUUGACGAUCAACUGAACGUGAGGGGUAAAGGGUCGGAGUCAAAGAGAACACAUAGACAGCGAACAUGCGAGAAGACAGUGUGAAUGAGAUACGAGGGAAUAGGAUCAAGAGAAGUGAGGUGAGGGUUAUUCAAGCAAAACAAACAUUUGGGUAUGUAUCCACAAGACAACAAAGGGUGGAAGGGCAGAAAUCACAGAGAAAAAAACAUUAGAGGUAUGCAUGUAGGUGAAUAGAACAAUUAAUUAAACAAGCCAAAUAUAUGGAGCAGGUUUGGUAAAACCAGACUUUAGCAUAAUGGCCAAGACAUAAAAGUGAGAACAUAUGUAAUAUGCUGAGAACAUAUUGAAGUAUGACAAUAGAGGCUGCCGUUUCAAAGUAGUGUGGGGGUAUUUUUUAUUAGAGUGUGUAAAAUAUUAAGACAUUAUCCUGCAUAUUAUCAUAAGGUCUUACAAAAGAUUACCUUGUGCUUAGGGCAUUAGAUCAGCUGAUGGAGCUCUGUAUAGUUCUGAGGCCAAAGGUGAAUUAAAAUAGAAUUUCAAAUGUAAGGCAAAAAUAGCCAAACUGGACAUAGAACAGACAUGGAGAUUUUUUUUGUAAAUUGGUCAUUUUGGCCUUACGUUUUAAAUUAGUUUAAAAAUUGCAGAAAUUCUCACUUUAGAGGAUAACCCUGUAACUGUUGUUUUUUAAAACACUGUCUGACCCAAGAUGCAUGAAUAUGGCUGAAGGAUCCUGUCAUACACUAAUGGUAGGGAUGAGCUUUUCUCGUUUUAUUUUUUUGUCAUUUAAAAGCAUGUCUAUUUUGUUUCAAAACUUGAUGAAAUAAUUAUUAUAUUUAAAAAUAGUUUUGAGCAAAACUAAGACAAACCUGUCACCUUGGAAAACGGGUAAUUAUGCAAGUCGCUGUUAAUUGUAAGGUUGGUACAGAAAAAUAAUAAAAUGGACUGUCCUGCCUAGAUAAAUCUUGUUGGUGCAUAAAUAUUAUAUAAUGUAUUGGUUGAAUCCAUAUGCCUCCUCUCAGCUGUAGUUGUUUCACCUUGGGUCAGAUUAUAAUAUCACCGAUAAGAAGUUAUGACAAUAUACUUUAGUUGCCCAACAUAUUCUUUGCUUAGCAGUGAAAGAUUAACAAAAUGUCAGAACCAUACUGUUUUUCUAAUUAUAAAUUAAACAAAGUGAUCAGAAUAGGUGUUGCUACAAUCUGUUGUUCAUGUUUUUUUCGACUAGUGUUUAGAUGACCUCAUAGAUGUGAUCAUUGUAAUAUCUGUACUAUAAAUAUACCAUAUGCGUCAUAAACCUUAACAUUUAUUUUAAAGUUAAGCUUUAUUAUUUGGUGAUAUUUUUCGAUUAAUAUUAUUUUGUAAAUGUUUGCUAUUUAAUUUCAGCUUUUCUGGGAGAAGAGGCUAGAGGGACUUAGUGCAUCAGAUGUUACUGAACAAAUUAUACGACCAAUGGAGCUUCCUAAAGGCCUCCAAGGUAUGAAAUGAAUCUCUUAAUCACUUGCUUGUGACCUCUCCCAUAUUUACUGGGAGGAGGAGUCUUCUUCUUUGAACUCCCCACUCCCAUCUUACUAUUAAAUUAUGGUAGGACAGCCACACCACUUGAAAGUGCUAAUUCCUCAUUAGCAAUGCAGCUGUGGAGAAGGACGAAGUCACCAGGCAACCUGAAUAGGAUGUUUUUUUGUUUUUUUUUGUCAGGUUGUUCCACAUUGUUUUGACAUUAAACCUUGACUCACUGUGAGUGCUCACCAAUGGUUUUGUCAAUUUAUUUGUGAGAGAUUUGGCAGAGAACAGUGUGUCCUUGUACCCAGAGACCACUUCCUCCUUAACCAUAUUGACAAAAUGAAAUAUAGAUUUAUUUUCACAUUAUCAAUGUCAGUUCUGUCUAACAUGGACUACAGUGAUAGGCCGAGAGCACAGGGCCAACCUGGGUUAAACAGAGCUCUACUGAAUAUGGCGCAUAGUGUCCCUUUAAACAAAUAUUUCACCUGAAUCAAUGUACCCAAUUUGAAAUUUAGUUUAAUGAUUUUGUAGAGAAAGUGUUUAAUCUUUCUUAAGAAUCCAAAGUAUUUGAAUUUUUUAACAUUUAAAGAACUUAAUUAGUUUUUCUUCCUCCUUGCAGGGGUUGGUCCUGGGAAUAACGAGGACACCCUUCUAUCUGCUAUUGCAAGUGCACUUCACACAAGCUCUGCUCCAAUAACAGGCCAGCUGUCAGCAGCUGUAGAAAAGAAUCCAGCGGUCUGGUUAAACACAUCACAACCACUUUGUAAAGCUUUUAUUGUCACAGAUGAGGAUAUUCGGUAAGAUAUUUUGUUUUUUCCUAAACUUGAAGCAGUGCUUUAUAUUAAGAUCAGAGAUUAUUGUUGCCUUUCAAAAGCGUUGAUGCGAGGUUUGCUUAUCAAGGCCAAUAUAAUUACCUUGAGGAUUGCUUUCCAAUAUUAAGGGACUGAUUUGAGAAUUGCUUGGUAGAGUAAAGGGCCUGUUUUGAGGAUUGCUUGUCAAGGUCUAGUGAUUUCUGCAGGGGUUGCUCAACAAGGCAUGAGGCUGGCUACGUGGGUUGCUUGUUUAGGCCUGGGAAUUGCCACAGUGGUUACUUAUGUCUUAAGCGAAGGAACACUAUAGUGCAAGGUGCAUAGAGACAGAUAUCCGACUGCUGUGGUCUUAAAGGUAUAAUCUAAACAACGUAACACCACAACCUUCUGUACUGGUUAUGGUGCCACAAGUGCCAUAAGGCACCCACCCAAUAUAAGUAGUAUGUCAGUUUGAAAAAGGAUUGAAAACUUAUCUGGGGUCUGCCAGUUGCCAAUCACUAGCUGCCUCCUCUAGAACCUGGAAGCUCAUGAUAGGUACUUUUGUUAUCUACAUUAAGCUGAGCAUAGAAGGGCUGUCUCACUGGCUGAGCUCUCUGCAAUGCCAGGCUAACUCGGUCCUGGGAGAUUCUUGGCUCCAGAGGCGACGGCAGCAACCGUCAGACAAAAAAGUAAGUUUUCAAAUUCUUUGCAAAAGGUUUGACUGUUUGCACGGGGAUGAAACCAGAACAGAUCUAGAACCAUGACUACUAAAGUGGGCUGUAGUUGAUAUGGUGUUUGGAGUGUUCCUUUAAUGACACUGUAAAUGGAAGACAGGGUUUACUUCAUUACUUCCCUCCAUACACACCUUAUUCCUUCGCUUCCCUUUGUGACCUAGUUUUGGGAGCUGAGCCUAUAGUUACAGUGACCUUUGCAGAUUGGUAAAGUUAUUAGAAGCAGUAUACAGGAAAACAUGGCAAGGGGUACCUCUUUCAUUGUAGCAUGGAUCAUAUGUUGUUAUGGAGUGCAACUUUAAAAAUGUUGGCCUUUUCUUUCACUUCUUGCUGUAGUAUUGAUGUGUACAAAUAGACUAACCACUAGAUGGCAGCCUAAUGUGAAGUUAAUUUGUCAUUUAAAAGCUUCUUAUAACCCUCACUUCAUUAAAUUUGCCAGUGAGCCCCUUCUCCAUUUUCCUGGACUGCCCAUGGGUCCCAUGAAACCUUUGUGGAUGUUCUUUAAACCACCUUAACUCAUUGCCACAUGCCUUUUAUAUCUUAUGUGCUUUUUGAGGACAUGGAUUCAUGUAAAAUAAUAUAUUUAGAUGCAUACCACCUAGUCUUAGGAAUUUUACACUCAAUAGGGAAACUAAAAAAAGUCAAAUAUGGGUAUAUAAUCCCCCCCAAAAUUCUCUCCUCUGCAGUAGAUCUGUCAAACCUUUCUUCAAUGGAAAUAAUUGCUUAUUUAAGGGUAGGGCAAAUGAGACUGUGUCCCUAAAACUCUACAUGCCCUUCAGGUCCCACUAAAAUGGUCUAUAUCUGAUUAAAAAAAAAAAAGCUCUCAACAAAUAUUUAACCCCUUAAGGACCAAACUUCUGGAAUAAAAGGGAAUCAUGACAUGUCACACAUGUCAAUUGUCCUUAAGGGGUUAAAGAGAAAACUAUAGUGCCAGGAAAACAAACUUUUUUUCCUGGCUCUAUAGCUUCCCUCUCCCUCGCGUCCCCUUCUGUCACUUACCCGGGUCCAGCGCCGAUGUCCCUCGGCACUGGCUUGGGUCUGCCUUCACUCCUCCCCUGCUGGCAAUGGCCCCACUCGCGUUAGGAUUUCCCCAUAGGAAAGUAUUAUCCAAUAAGAUUCUUUAUUAUUAUUUGAGGAAAUAAUCUACCCAUCGAUAGUUUUCUAUUUAAGGUACAUUACAGUCCAAAGUUUAUUCAACUUUCUGUAAAUUAAUUCUAUGUAAACUAUUUAGGACAGUUUUUGCCAAAUUUGUGUUUGCCCAAAUAAAAAUGUAUAAAAUAAGCCUACAGAGUUCAGAAAAAUCUGCUUAGUCUGCAAAUGUAUGUACACAAAAUCAAAACCUUACCUUUUAAGUGUUAAAUUUCAAGAUGUUCAGUGAAUAGAAAAUAGUUUGUACUAAGCUUAAGGAGGAAGGAGCAAGCAGUAAAUAUUAAAGCAAGACUUUCUGAGCAGAAUACAAGCCUUGGAAUCUCUGUGUAUAUAUCUUAAGGUUUAUUAUCCUGGAGGAAAAAACUAAUGGCAGCAGACUGUGAAAAAGACACAGUUUAGGAAUAUUUUAAUGAGGUUCCUUUACUGAUAAGUUAGCCAGGAAUGUGUGAAAUGCAAACCAUGCAGUGACUAGAUCCAAGACCCGGCGAAAAGUUGUUCUUGGGGAAAUGAAACCUUCAUCUUGUUGUAAAUAUUAAUGUAACAACCAACAAGAAAAUAGUCUUUACGUAGAAAACAAAUGAUUUAAGUAGUGUCACUGGCUAGUGAUUUUAAGUUGUGAUUUAAAUAGAAUUCUGAUCUCUUGAGUUAAUCAAAUUUUUCUCGUAUAGAAGUACAGGAGUUCUACAGUCCAUUGCAGCACUUGCCAUAGUCCCCUAAUAGACUGUUUCUAAUGAAAAACAUCCUAAGCUUCCUUAUGAGAUUCCUUAAUUUCAGCUUUGAGCCAGUGCUCCGAGUGAGUGAGGAAGAAAACGCUCCUCACUACCUGAUUGACAGCUGAAAUCUGCACUUUUAAAUUGACACUUUAGUGCUGGGAAUACAAAGAUGUGUUCCUAACACUAAUGUGUUCCUCAGCCCCCACGCCCCACCCAGCAAUGUAAAUGGUUAAAUAACCAUUUAUUCACUUAUCUGAUUCCAUUGUCAAGGUUCCUGUGCGUUGGGUCGUAUUCCGUCUUCUUACAUGCCAUCUGAUGUGUUGACCUAAAGCGCUCUGCACGCAAGAGUGCUUUCCUAUGCGGUUUUCUUUUUUUGUCAAUCUUUGUUUAUUAGAAUAUUUUUCAAAACAUUAGGUGAUACAGAAAGAAAGGAAAGAGUAGUGUUUAAAUAACGCUUUAAGGGACAUAGACCCGAGUGGGUACACUUUUCAGGUUGCUCCCCCCAUUUAGGCUUAAAUAUCGUGAAUUAGGUGGCUGGGUAUGUUCAUGAAUUGGUGGUUGAACUCAAUUUUGCAUGACCUUUAGUUAUCUGACUUGUUGCGGAUCACUGCAUCUCAAUUGGAGGGUGAAGGGAGUAUGUAGGUAUUACAAUCUUAUAUUUUAGCCUCUGUGCCCCCUUCUUACCUUCCCGGGAUCCCCCUGCCUUUUCCCUGUGUUUGUUUGUAGUGUGUGUCAGGCGUCCCGGUGUAGUGCGGGUCAUAUGGGUUGCCCGUCUUUGUCUGCGGAGACUUGUCUUUUUUUCACCACCUAUUGUCUGUCAUAUAUCAUAUGCCCUUGGGGAUGUCGUGUAUAUGUCUAACUCACUCGGGCUUGGCGUGUUUGCCUCCAGUUCACGGACCCUAAGGGAGAGUCCCCAUUGGGUGUCCGGAGUGAUCCUUGGCUCCCGUUGGUUAGGCGCACGAAGGAGGAGUGAAAUGUCGUGCUGGUAUCGGCUGAGCCUGUGGGGUUUUCUCUGACGCUGGAUGUCCACAUACAAAGCAUGAGGACAUCCAGCAACAUUUCACAGAGCCAAAAUCCAUGAAACUCCAGAAAGUGCCUCUAGUGGCUGUCUGGUAGACAGUCACUAGAGGUAGUCUUAGUACUGCAAUGUAAACCUCAUAUUAUUUAUUUUUAUUGUUUUUAAAUUCUUUAACCACAAAGGACCACAUGACUAUGCCAUCAUGCAGUGCAGGACUUUAAUAGCCUGUGAUAGCAUAGAUCAGUGCUGUUAAAUCUCUGCUGGUACCAAGGGCCCCCAGGGUACCUUUUCUCCCACAGCCCCUCCAUGUGCCUCCUUUCCUCCCCCCAUCCCCUCCAUGUUUCUCCUCCUUUCCUUUUCCUCCAUGUCUCUCCUCCCCCCUCAUCCCCUCCAUGUUUCUCCUCCCCCCCCAUCCCCUCCAUGUUUCUCUUCCUCCCCCAUCCCUCCAUGUUUCUCAUCCCUCCCCAUCCCUCCAUGUUUCUCAUCCUCCCCAUCCCUCCAUGUUUCUCCUCCCCAUCCCUCCUAUGUUUCUUUCUUCCUCCCCAUCCUCCAGUAUGUUUCUCUCUUUCCCUCCCAUCCCCUCCAUGUUUCUCUUCCUCCCCCAUCCCUCCAUGUUUCUCUCUCUUCCCCUUCCCCAUCCCCUCCUAUGUUUCUCUUCCCUUCCCAUCCCUCCAUGUUUCUCUCCUCCCCCAUCCCUCCAGGUUUCCUCCCAUCCCUCCAUGUUUCUCUCCUCCCCAUCCCUCCAUGUUUCUUCUUUCCUCCCCCAUCCCCUCCAUGUUUCUCUUCCUCCCCCAUCCCCUCCAUGUUUCUCUUCCUCCCCCAUCCCCUCCAUGUUUCUCCUCCUCCCCCUUUCCUUCCAUGUUUCUUCUCCCCCCGACCCCCUCAGCCCCUCCAAGUGUUUCACCCCUCAGCCCCUCCAUAUGUUGGUUUAGACAGGAUUAGGGAAAUGUUAUGCAUGUGGGGUAUCAUUGUACUCGAACAGUAGCAGAAUACAAAUAUGUGGUGUUUUCAUUAGUAAGACGCUAAUGGUCUGUAAAUGUUCCCAAAAUAAAACCUGUGGGGGGAAAAAACCCACAAACCAUUAACUAAUUUGACAUAGGUUUGUGAUAAAAUUGUUAAAAGGCACUAUAACAACUGCAUUUUUUUUUUUUUUUUACCCCUCUCAUGACUCCCUUACACUUUACUGUCUCCCUAAUCACCCUCAAAUACCUCUAGGUUCACAUUUAUUUACUGCCUCACUUCUUCUGUGGAUCCGUUUCCUAAGUGUCGCCAUCUUAGUGUUCAUGAAAAUUACGUUUACCGCAUCACACUCAUCUGCCUACACCAGCUCACGCGGUGAAAUUCCCGCACAUGCUCACUUUACAGAAUGCAAGAAUACAGAAGAAAGGUGAGUAUUCUGGAAAAACUUUCCUAGACGCAGAAAGUGGAGCUUAUUUAAGCUCCACCCAGAGUCUAAGGAAGUCCAUACUUUGUCUUAUGCAUUUAGUUAGAAAUAGAUGAAAAAUGCAAGAAAAAAUUAAGAAGGUGAGUAGGGAAGAGGAAGGGUAGUAGAGAUAAUUGGGAAAAGGCAAGUACAGCGUGACAGUAAAGCUUUAAAUGAAAAGUGCCAAAAUGCUCAUAAUUACAGUUUUACACUUUUGUGUAGUGUUUUUUUUUUUUUUUUCUUUUUUUUUAACUCUGUGAUUACUUUUAAAGUUUGAGAUUAUACCAUAGUGUUUUACAAUAUUUUGCAAAGGUUUUGCAUUAAAACCAUAAUUUACUCCUUACAGUAUUUGAUUUAUAUGUUCUAAAAAAAUAUUUGAAAUCCUAGACAUAUUGGGCAUUUUAACAAUUCGUGAAUCUAUUUUGAGUUAAUUUUCUUUACAUACACUUGGUGUGCAGAAAUUAUUGCAUGUAAAACUGAGGGAAAAAAUAUGUUUCCCCAUUUAAAAAUAAAAUAUCUUCUUCUUAUUUAAAAUAUGUAUGGGUGCAUUUAAACAGAAAGGGGGAAAUUGUGGUAGAAUGAAUGCAUGGCAAAAAAAGGCCUUAGUCACAAACGUGUUGCAUCUCAAAAUAGCUUGGUCCUUAAAGGGGUUAACAUGUUAUGUUCCUGGCUAAACAUGCAUACAUUUGGUUGUUAUAGUUGUUUAGUUUGUGAUUUUAUUUGAACCAGCAAAGAGCAAUAUUUUAUGGGGUCACUGAUCUGGAGCAAUAUUUAUGGGGUCACUGAUCUAAGUAAAUGUACGUCACUACUGAAAAUGUUGCAUGCUGUUCAAAGCUUGUUCACAGCACACCAUGAGUCCCUUAGAAACAGAUGUCUUAUAUCCCUGUGCCAUUCUUGUGUGAAAACUGUUAUGUUAGUGAUAAGUCUCCUGCAGUCUUAGCCUCUUACAAAGAAUCUCCUGGGCAUUAUACAUUCUAUGCGUCAUGGAGACUGUAUUCAGAUGCUGGCAGAUUUAUACAGUUUGAAUGUAAAGAACCUUACUAUGUUACUUGUAAACAUCAGUGGGAUUGAGAGGUUUUAUGUAGGAUGAGCAAUGAGACAAAAAAGAUUGUAAAAAUACUUUUGGGUUGAGGUAGAGGAAAAAAAAGUUGCCAGUUAAAUAAAGACAUUUGAGUUUUAUAAUAAGAUAACAAUAUACAUUUUAUAUAUACAAUAUAAUAUAUAUUUUCUUUAGCAGCUGAACGUUUCAUAUUUGUGAGAUGUUGCUUUUAGCCGUAAAAAUAAUUUAUGUAUGCGCAUACAUACACUUUAUGGCCAAAAGUAUGUGUCCUUUAGUAAUUAUUGAGAUUAAUUGUAGGUCUCGCCAAUGUUACAUCUAUAGAUAGAGUAUGCCUGUGUGUAUGUAUAUAUGUGUGUUGUGGCAGGCUUAUUCAAUGUAUGAUCAUUUACUGUAACUAGACCCCCAUAAUUUAUGGCGAGGUUAGUGUUCUAAAAAACAAAACCAAAAAAAACUAUUUAUUUCAGUGAGCUUUGAAGUUGCUGUUUAGUGAAUGAGUGAGUGCAAUGGAUCUUGUGUGUGUAUGUGUGUGUGUGUGUAUGUAUAUGUGUAUAUGUAUGUGUAUAUAUAUAUAUAUAUAUAUAUAUAUAUAUAUAUAUAUAUAUAUAUAUAUAUAUAUAUGUGUGUAUAUAUAAAAAUGAAGUGAACUUGGCACUCACCCUUUGAUGCUAAAUAUGUUGAUAUUCUUGCCUGGGUGCAAACCUCAGCAUCAGUACAAAUAUCAAAAAUACAUCAAUUGAUUGAUCUUGAAAAAGGCCCUAUAAGGGUCGAAACGUCGAUCACUGUAAUAUUUUUUUGCACAUGUAAUUUGCAUUUAAGAAUAAAUUAACCACUUGUUAAGACCUGAGAGUGCACCUUAUAUGUAUUUUUGAUAUAUAUAUAUAUAUAUAUAUAUAUAGAUAGAUAGAUAGUAAGCAGUCAAACUGUUUUAGAAUAGGUUGACUUUUUACCUAGUGUCAACUGCACUCCCCUCUUUCAAUACGAACGACCGAGAGCAGAUAACACUCACAGCCAAGGGCUUAACUCAGUAGAGCUAAUGGAAACUCCUGCUUAGGAGCUCCAAAGUGCCAAGUCACUCGUGUCUCAUAACCAUUACUGUAAUCAUCCUGGGGCUUGGAGUGUUUCUUUAAUGUUGCAGUGGGGCUGUAACCUCUGGAAGCUUUUAUUAGAUAGUUCAGAACAAGAGUCUACUGAGCUGACUCUAUGCCAUUGAACAAACUGCAAUAUCGUCGUCUGGCUUCUGCAGACAGUGGAUGCCAUUCAUUGCAGCUCGGCAGUACCCAGAAAAGGGGCAAUCCAUUUCAAAAUGGCACCAGGUACUAAUGGCAUCUACUGAGGGCUGUAGUGGUUAUGAUGCAUGAAAUAACAAUUUUAAGCACAAUUGUAAUUGGGAUUUAAAAUUUGUUAUUAAUAAAAUGUCAAAAAUGUUUGCAUUACUGUACGACGAGUGAGUUAACCAGUAAUGGAUAAAGGCAAUGCAAUACAUCAGACAAAUUGGUUCAAAAGGGAUGGAGAGCUCUGCCUAAAGUUGUUGAUUUUCUGCAAUGUAAGUGCUACUUUUGAGAUUCAGUUAGUUCAGCAAAUGGGAAAAAGUAUGUGUAUUAUUAUUAUUAUUAUUCAAUAUUUUGUCCAAACACAGUUAUAUGUAUAUCGCUGUGGAAUCUGUUGGUGCAUUAUAAAUAAUGUGUUUGGUUAGCCAUGGUUACAUUUUAUGUUUUCCUACUUGGCUUGUAUGUUUUUAACAGGAUUUUUAUUUAUUUAUUUGCAAAACUUCUGCCUAUCAAGUCAAUGUGUAUCACGGCAUUUUGUGUGAUUGCAUACUCAUUAAUAUUUAAUAUAGUCAGGUCAUUUAAUCAAUAGAUGAAUGAAGCUGAGCCAUUGCUACAAAUCAUGCUUGAAGGAGUCUUCCAGCACUUCACUGAUGCCAGGAAUGCAAAAUAUAUGCUAUGUAAAUGGAAUAUGUUAAACUUUCCCAUUGACUCUUUAUGUAUAUUUGACCAGUUUUUGCCUUUUGGGAUUUGCCAGAAACUAAAUGUUAGGAGCGUGCAUUUUAUUUAGAUUUUUAGCAAUGGAGCUGGGCUUGUCCUAUCCUGUGUAGUUCGUAACACAGCAGCUUUGGCCUUUAAGGCCAUUUGUUCAAACAAUCAGUAGUUGUACCAGCUUCCUGUACCUUGAUAUGGAACAUUGCAUAAUCAGGACUUACACUUUCAACUGUCAGUACCUGUUAGGAAUGUCACUAUCCUAAAUCAAAACUGCAUGUUUUAUAACAGAAAACAGUGUUGGAAAAAGUCAGUAAUCCACUUUCUGUUCAUAUUAUUGUGACAUUUAGGAAACAAGAGGAGCGGGUUCAUCAUGUUCGAAAGAAACUUGAAGAAGCUCUGAUGGCAGACCUCUUGGCACGUGCUGCUGAGACAUCAAGCGGUUCACGUGUGGCUAUGGACAGCGAUGGUGAAUAAACACCUGUCUAGGUAAUUUUGUUUUGUGUAUUCAUUCAUAGGAAACACUCCUGCUUUAUAUUGUGGGGAUAUUUAUGGGGUAAUACAUAUUAAAAUAAUAUUUUCAUACAAAUUAUCAAAAAUUAAUUUAAUAAUUUUUAUUAUAUCAAAAUUGAUAUCUUGAAAAUUACCCACUAUUUUAAUUCUUAGAUCCUAGAGAACAUCAUAAUUUUAGAAGAUUUUUACUCCAUACAAAUAAAUCACUAUUUGAUUAAUAUAAUUUAUUGUGACAUAAUAAUAAAAUAAUAUGUAACAUGCGUGAUAAUAAUCAGUGAAUACUUAGUAUAACAUAAGUAUACAACCGAAUGGCAAUGUUUAAGCAAAUCCAGCUGCUAAGAGCAACCAACUGUCAAGACGUAACAUAAUUUACGAUAGGUAAACAAUCUCACAGAAAGCAAAACUUCACACAGAAUACAGAAUUCCUCAGAGCACAGCUAGAAGUCAUAAAAUCCUGGCUAUCAGUUAGAUCCUGAUUAACUCUUUCAAUACUGGCUAGAAUCCUUUUAGGCAUAUAAUAUCCUAUUCUAUUGCUAUUUUCAAUUACAAUAACGUUCAAACCAGCUCAUUACUCAUUUCCUGGAACCAUCCAAUAAGAAUAAUCUACCAGAUUUUACAAAAGCCGAAUUUAACUCUACAUAAGAUACACGAUCUUAUUUUAGAGCAAAUCAAUACAUCUGGAUAAAAACGGCAGUAUACUAACACGUGAUAAAUAUCACAUUAAUAUAGAAUUAUCUUGAUUCCACUUGCAGAAUGGAAUGUUUAUAGCUAUAUAUUCUUUAGUCAACUAAGAUUUCUAAAUAUUGAAAUCUGACCUUGAUUUAUCCAGGCAUAUAUCCUGCUUUUAGUAAAUUUUUAAUUCAUUGAAAUUAAUUAAAUAAAACCAGCAUAAUUACCAGUUAUGUAGAUGCUCUCAUCAGAUGAUUAGAUAGUCCCAGGAAUGAAGUGUGCUUAAUGUUUGUAAGGAGGUGUGCAUGUGAUAUUGGUUUGGAAAGUUAUAGUAAAAUUCUAAGUGUUCAAUAGGUGUUUCUUGAGUUGAGUCAAAGAGUAUGAGAGUUGAGUGUUAGUCACAGAGUGUCCUGAAUAUCUGUCCUGGAUCUCUCUGAAUGUCCGGAUCUGAAUCUCAAUCUCUCUUCCCUUUGUCUUUACUUUUUAAAGGGCCAGACUCUCUGUACGUCAGGAGUGAUUGGACCUAUAGGGCCCUGAAGGUGUGGCCAUCAUCUAGAUUUUAGUCAGUAGAUGGCGCCCUUACAUCACCAAAAUUUCUUGUCCUUGAAAGAGUUAACUAAUUUUGAUGACGAUUCUGACGUAAUUUCGGUUUAUCUAAAUGGCCACUAUAACUCAAAUUUGCUGUCAGCUUCAAAGCAUUUUCUUUGGUUUUUCCUAGUCUUGUCUCAGACAUCAUGGUGGCAAUAUACCUUUAAAUCUAUUUUCUGACACGUCUAAACCUUAAUUUCACCCCUUGUCUACAAUGGGACCUUGUAAGAUUUAGAAAGUAAAAUGAAUUACUAUGUGUUAUUUAUCACUAGUGUCUGGCUUUCUAGUGAAACUGUGAGACAUUAUUUUUCUAUUCCACUAAUAUUUAUUAAAUAAUAUGAUAUUUCUUCAUGAAUAUUUAUCCAUGAAUGGUCUAGAUUAUUAACAUAAUACUGAUUAUAUGUAUUUACUAUAAUAGUAAAAUAAGUAUACAGUGGUUAGAUGUGUAUAUAUAAUAUAUAUACUUGUUUCUGGACUUAGUGAUCCAUCCCCCAUCCUUGCUGGGAGACUUCAUUGCUUUGUUUACAUAACACAGUCCUAAGCUCAGCUAGUGGCUAGUUACUGAAAAAAAAAGAAAUUUUGUGUCUGUCUUGCCUGAAAUCCAAAAUGGAGUCAGCUUUGUUUUAAGUGUGAUUGGCAGAUAAUUUUUAUCUUAGCACAAAAUGUCUGCCGAUAUAAAUAUUCUGACAAUGUGAUGUUUAAUCUGUGUUGACUGGAAAUCUGUUUAGACCACAUUUUAUAACCUUGCUGGGUACGUAGCACAGAUUGCUUUGCAAUACGGAGAACUGAUUGGCUUGCAAAGGGAAGGCUCAUAUAUUUAACAAGCAUUUUAAGUAAAUCUGUACAUUGGCUAUCAGUCCUACCUCUUGAAAAAAAUGAGUGCAUCGUGACAAGUAAACAAAAACAUGGUGUAGGUGCUUGCUAUAUUUUAAGAGAGAGAUAGGGGCUGCAGAUUAUCACACAAGAUUUCCCCAACCUUGUGAAAACACAGAAGAAAAAAGAAAAAGGAGAUAAUCUGCGCCAAUGGUUUAGUGGAACCACAUGUAAAUAGAAGUAUAUACAUACAUAAAUGCAACAGAAUCUUGUUGAUAGAUGGAUAUCUCAAAAUGACAAAAGCAGAGAUAACAAACAAUUAAGUGUAGUAUUUUAACUUGUUAUGGGGUAAUAUAUUGUAAGGAAGGCUCACUCACACUUUCAAAAGCUAUAUAGAGCUCGGAGGUUGAAGGCGUGGACGGUAUAAUCCCUGUCUAAGGAUGUAAGUAUAGCAGUAGUGAUGGUAUAUUCAACAGUGGUGAUAGUGCUUUCCUUGGUAGAGUACAAUAUGUAAAGACAUAAACAAGAACAUCCAACAGUGUAACAUGUCUAAUACAUUAUUUUCUUCUAAAAGAAAAAUGGUAGGUCUCUUACUCACAUUUUUCAGAGCAUGAACCUGCUCUAGUUUAGUGGAGCUUUAGUGGUAUAAUCCCCACCUGGGAUAUGCAGGUCCAGAAGUACAAUAAAAAUCAGGAAACCAAAGGGAUAUUAAGUAGAUGCCAAAUAAAUAAAUUUACAGGGAUAAACUUUAUUAAAUAAACAAAAUGUAUAUAUAAUGAUAUAUGUUAAAAUCCGAACUGGGUAAAAAGUACUCUUACCGUGUUUCACCAUGGGGUUUCAUCAAAAGUGUGACUUAACUUUGAAAUAAGUAAGAUUUAUAUACAUACACUCUGAAUAAUAAUAAUUAACAGAUGAUACAAAAUGUUCUAAUUGGUUUCCUAGAAGACUUCCGGUGUUAAAAUGUCAAUUAGAGAUGAUGUCAUGUUGUGGUAGAUUUGUGGUUGGUUCUUCCAGCAGACCAUAUGUAAAUCCAGUAUAAAUUCCUGCCCAUCCGAAUGCUGGGAGAGUUUGUUCACAGCGGCCCUCAAUAUACCGCAAUGGAGCGUUCCUUGCUGCGCAUGUGCGAUGACAUCGGGUCAGCCUGCAUGUAAAGAGGAAAUGUACAAUUCCUUACUGCGCAUACGUGCCUCAAAAUGUUUGUACACAUCAUAACGAUCCUGGCCAAUUAUCUUUUGUAGGAAUAGCUACUAUAAAAAAAAAAAAAAAAAACACUGCAGAGGUGGUGAUUUAAUAAAAAUGUUGGGGAAAAAAGAAAUGGGUGGAAACGCAAACUGGAACACAUACGGACAGCAGAAAACAGAAUAGCAAACCUGAUGAGAAAAGGAGACAAACACACGGAGCUAUGGAGGCCCUGGAUACUCUACGCUGCGUAAGACCAGAUAUAGGAUGGGACACGCCAUAAUACAAGAAACUCAGAAGAGAAGGGGGGCCUGGGCAGACCAGAUGGGCGACCGACUAAGCUUAGCCCUGAGGAAGAACCCCCUUCCCACUGUCCGCCCCCAUUCCGCAGACCAGACCCAAUGGGCACCCAACACACACACAACGCCAGGCAGGAACCUGCAAAGGGGUAACUCACUGGCACAGAGGACAGGGAAACCGUAAGGGAGCAGACACAAACAAGAGGAACUGCCCCAAUGGAAAAGGUAGGUCUUCCAGACAAGAAGUGGGCACAAUAACAUUAGAAGGCUUAAGGAUGCAGGGGCACAAUAAAUUCCAGUGACACACCCUGAGCACAGGAAUGGCGCAAAAGUUAGGACACCGAAAUACACUUAAACAAACAAUCCAACAUAAAUAAUGAUAUACAGCGAGAAGCAAAUAACGCGGACAGAACACACUAUAUUACAUAUCUUAUCCGCUUAUGUGUAAGAAACACAUACCAAAAAAUAAAAAAAGGGACACAACAAGGAGGGUACAAAGGAAGAGAAAUUAAAACAUCACGUAUUUUUUUUUUUUUUUUUAGAUAUUUAUACGUAUAUGUACCUUUAUAUAGCUUUUUGGCUCUGUAGUAACUUUGUUUCUAUGUCCAUACCAUCUCCUCUUUUUUUAUUAUUAGUGUUUAUACACAUCUAUAGAUUUGUACUGAGACCCGAUUUUUCUUUUUCUUUUUUAUUUGAUGACCAUUUUCUAUAUAUAUAUAGCUCAUAUAUUUUAUCAUUGCUAAAUAUCAAUUUAAUUUCAUGUUCUAAUACUUAAUAUGUAUUCUAUAUGGAUCUCAUGUAUGUCAUGAUUUUAUGAUGCACAUAUAUCUUCUUCCACCCGACAUUAAUGCGUAUCGUGACUCUGACGCAUGCACACAAACUAUUUGAGGCACGAAUGCACAGUGAGUAAGGAAUCGUACAUUCUCUCUUGACAUGCACGCUGACCUGAUGUCAUCGCACAUGCGCAGUAAGGAAUGCUCCAUUGCGGUAUAUUGAGGGCCGCUGUGAACAAACCCUCCCAGCAGUCGGAUGGGCAGGGAUUGAUACUGGAUUUACAUGUGGUCUGCUGGAGGAACCAACCAUAAACCUACCACAACAUGACAUCUCCAAUUGACAUUUUAACACCGGAAGUCUUCUAGGAAACCAAUUAGAAAGUUUUGUAUCAUCUGUUAAUUAUUAUUAAGAGUGUAUGUAUAUAAAUCUUACUUAUUUCAAAGUUAAGUCACAAUUUUGAUGAAACCCCAUGGUGCAACGCGUUAGGUGUACUGUUACCCACUUUGGAUUUUAACACAUAUCAUUAUAUAUACUUUUUGUUUAUUUAAUAAAGUUUAUACCUGUAAAUCUUUGAAUUUAUUUGGCAUCUACUUUAAAUCCCUUUGGUUUCCUGAUUUUUAUUGUACUUCUGGACCUGCAUAUCCCAGGUGGGGAUUACACCACUAAAGCUCCACUACACUAGAGCAUGUUCAUGGGCUGAAAAAUGUAAGAGACCUACCAUUUUUCUUUUAGAAGAAAAUAAUGUAUUAGACAUGUUACACUGUUGGAUGUUCUUGUUUAUGUCUUUACAUAUUGUACUCUACCAAGGAAAGCACUAUCACCACUAUUGAAUAUACCAUCACUACUGCUGUACUUACAUCCUUAGACAGGGAUUAUACCAUCCACGCCUUCAACCUCCGAGCUCUAUAUAGCUCUUUAAAGUUUGAGUGAGCCUUCAUUACAAUAUAUUGCCCCAUAACAAGUUAAAAAUACUACACUUAAUUGUGUUAUGUCUGCUUUUGUCAUUUUGAGAUAUCCAUCUAUCAACAAGAUUCUGUUGCAUUUAUGUAUGUAUAUACCGUAUAUACUAGAGUAUAAGAAGAGUUUUUCGGCACAGUUUUUGUGCUGAAAAAGCCCCACUCGUCUUAUACUCGAGUCAGUGUCUGUAUUAUGGCAACUUAAAUUGCCAUAAUAGACCAGGACCGCCGGGCUCAUUACAAGCCCGGCGGUCCUGUUGGGGGCUGGGAGUGAGCUGUUACUUACCUUUACAGCAGCUCCGUUCAGCUCCCUUCUCCUUCGGUCCGUUCAGCUCCAGUGUAAGUCUUGCGAGAGCCGCGGCCGUCAGAGCCCGUGGCACGCAGACCGCGAGAUUUACACCGGAGCUGAACGGCACGGAGGAGAAGGGAGCUGAACGGAGCUGCUGUAAAGGUAAGUAACAGGUUGCUCACAGCCCAUCCAUUGGACCACCAGGGAAUAAUAUAGCCCCCCUCCCUGACCAUGUAUCAAGCAGGGAGGGGGGACGAGAACAAUUUAAUAUAAAUGUAAAUAAUAUUAUAAUAAAAUAAAAAUUAAAUAUUUAAAAAAAAAAUUUUUUUUAAAUGUAAUAUUAAAAUAAUAAUAAAAAAUAAAUAAUUAAAAUGUCCUCCCCCCACCCAGGUUACACACUCUGCAUCACAUACACAAACACACUGCAUUAUAUACACACACUGUAAAUAAAUAUUCAAUUAAUAUCAUUUUUUGGGGAUCUAAUUUUAUUUCCAAAUUUACCAGAAGCUGCUGCAUUUCCCACCCUAGGCUUAUACUCGAGUCAAUACGUUUUCUCAGUUUUUUGGGUAAAAUAAGGGGCGUCGACUUAUACUAGAGUAUAUACAGUAAUUCUAUUUACAUGUGGUUCCACUAAACCAUUGGAUUAUCUCCUUUUUCUUCUUUGCUCUAUCAUGACAAGUACACUAUACAAAUACAAAACCGUUAAGUUGUAUGUUGGUUUUCAUUUUAAAUACAGUUUUUAUUUUAACAUAUAUAUCACAUUCUUCCACCCCCUGGUGUCUUUUACUGCUGCUGAUUAAAGGGGAUGGGUUUAUCACUUAAAUAAACAAAAUGUGCAGAAAAUAAAUGUAAUUGUGCAUAAAGUUAUUGAAAAAGAACAAACAAAUGGGCUGCAAUAAUGUAUUCGGCAUACAGAAAGUACGCGGACACAUUAUUGGGUGGUUGUGUGCAGCUGCACAUUGAUGCUGCAUUUGUUGUCUCUUUCUCUUUGUUAUAAAUUGAUCUCUAUUUCGUAAGCAACUCAUUACUCGUGUGUGCAUAUUAAUCUAAAUAUUUCUAAGGACGGGGCUAAAGGCAGCAUCAUAUGAUAAAUAUUAGCUAAUCUGUACAUAAUGUUUUGAAAAUAAAAAAUUUGGGGUUUGAGAAAUUUAAAAAACAGCAUGUUUGUGAUAUCGGCAAAGCCAGACUAAGAAAUCCUGUUACAUAUAGAAGUGCAAGAAACCUUUAAAACCUUCACUGAUUAGAUGGAAAGACUAUUUCAUUCUUGUAAUUUCCAUUUUUUGGAAUGGCUUGGGUAACUAUUAGAUUGUCUCAACUUCUAACCCAAGUUAAAGGACCACUAUAGUGCCAGGAAAACAUACUCGUUUUUCUGGCACUAUAGUGCCCUGAGGGUGCCCCCACCCUCAGGGACCCCCUCCCGCCCGGCUCUGGAAGGGGGAAAGGGUUAAAAACUUACCUUUUUCCAGCGCUGGGCGGGAGCUCUCUCCUUCUCUCCUCCUCCGUUCCUCCUCCUGGGCUGAAUGCGCGCGUCGCGGCAAGAGCUGCGCGCGCAUUCAGCCGUCGCAUAGGAAAGCAUUUACAAUGCUUUCCUAUGGACGCUUGCGUGCUCUCACCGUGAAAAUCACAGUGAGAAGCACGCAAGCGCCUCUAGUGGCUGUCAAUGAGACAGCCACUAGAGGAUUAGGGGGAAGGCUUAACCCAUUCAUAAACAUAGCAGUUUCUCUGAAACUGCUAUGUUUAUAAAAAAAAUGUGUUAACCCUAGAAGGACCUGGCACCCAGACCACUUCAUUAAGCUGAAGUGGUCCUUUAAUGAUUUGAUUGUAUUUGUUAGUUUCUUAGCUUAUAAAUCUUAUAAUGUGAUUACAGGGCCUUUCUACUGAAACAUGCAUGUUCAGUGUCUACAUACAGUUGUGAUUAAUGCUGAUAACACAGUUCUUUUUAUUGAUAUAACACUGAGAAAUGUGUAUUUCCAUAUUGUAUGCUUUGCAAAUUUCUGGGAAUAAUUUGUGUAUUUUUCCCUCCACAGGUACCUCAGCACUUGAAUGUCACAUCUCUCAGAAAUAAUUUUCUUCUCUGGUUCUACAGAAAAAUGCACAUUUUAUAGUUUUUUUUUUUUUUAAUCGCAACAAACCAAUGCCUUUGCAGAAUUCUGUUUUUGAUGUAAAUAUAUUAUUAUGGGAAAGCAAUCUUUAUUUUGUGUCUAAAGUACCCGUCUUUUUAAAUGUAAUGCAAUAAUAUUAUAACAAUGCUGCCAUUUUCCCACCAACAGCUUGAAUUCUAGAAAGAGAUUUUAUAUUAUUAAUAUUGGAAAACUGAACAGAUGAUUGGGUAUUUCUGAUGGAAAUUUAUGAUUUCUGUUUAUUUAAAAUCAUUUUUGUGCCUAAAUUGAGAGUGCUUGCGUGAGUUGUUCCAUCACAUUUAAAAAUAUAUCGAUCUAUGCAAUAACUGAAGAUUGUUUAAUGCAUACUAAUAGGCUCGGUAGCUAAAUAAUGUCACCUAUGAUUUACGUUUCCAGUAUCAAGCACAGGAAUACGUAUAUUGGGUAGUUAUUUCUGUUAAAAGUUUAAUCUUCUCAGUUAUUUGUACAUUUUAAUCCGUAAAUUUGUGCAAUAUUUAACAAUCAUAUGCCAGGCUAUCAAGAACUCAAUCCGUUCUGUUAUAAUAUGCAAUAUCUAAUUUUUACUUGUAACAAAUCCUUUAAACUUCUAUCUCAUCUCCAUUACAAUAGGAUUGUGUCAUCAGGAAAAGUUUAUUUUGUUUCUUUUUUUAUAAAUAUAUAUAAAUAUAUAUUUUUAUUUUUUAAAUUAUGGAGCCAAAAC